GUCCUCGGGGAUGCCGGGAUGUUUACAGCCUUGACAGCGGCGGCACCAGGAGACGGAAGAGCAAGAGAGGGAGCGAGGAGGAGGAGGGGGAAAAAAAGAGGGAGGCUGAGGGCUGCGCUCCUUCUCCACACAAAACCCUCACCCUCCCCUCCCACGUAUUGCCGCGUCCCUGCCUGAGGGAGAUUUAAAAAAUAACUGAAACCGACGCCUGCCCAGCCUUCUGAGGUAACCGAAAGUACCGAGUCGAGGGAGGGGGGGUGGCGGAGGGGCGGGCGCGCGCGCGCGCGCUUGGUGGGUGGAGGAGGCUGCUGCUACUGCUGAGGGAGAAAUGACGCCGCGCGAGGAAACGGCUGAGGAGAAGUUCGCAGGCCCCGCUCGGUAAACGGCCCCCGCCCUCAAAAAGAACCCCAUCAACCCUCUUCUCUUUUUCUUUUUGGCCUCGGCGCCCGCGCGCUCGCUCCGCCACAGAUACUUCGCCCGGGACCUGCUCGUGAGCGCGGCCCUCCCACCGGGCGAUCUCCAUUGGCUGCUUCGUACGGCGUCCCCGCCUCUCAUUGGUCGUCGUCAGUGCCGUUUCCUUCCCUCCCCCCCACCCCCACCGCUUCACGCGCUAGUUGUAAGUAAGACGAGGGUGUGCUUGUGUGGAGAUGCGGGGUGGGGGGGGAGAGGAAGCGACUGCGCUUGCGCGCUUUGGAGAAAAGCGUUCUCUGGAGAAGGGAAGGCGGUCUUUUUCUGAGUUGGCCCCUGUCCUAAUGCCCUUCCUUCAUAGGGGCUCCCCUCCUUUUUUUGGGGGGGGGGAAGUUGUCAACCUUAGUCACCUCCUCGCCUCCCCCCACCCCGCUCCGUCUUUGGCCCUUGCAUAAGUAAAUAGGCGCGUAUUGAAACCUUGGGAGAAGGCCAUCUGCACUGAAGUUGUAUAAGAACUUGCGCCAAAACUAUUUUUGCUUGGGGGGUUUGCGUCUGUUUGCCCUAUAAUGGCAGGCUGGGGUUUGUUAGCAGUGCCAAGGGAUUGGUGGGACAACAGCAGACUUCCGAGUGUGGUGUGUGGAGGCGCCCCCACAGUGAAGCACCGAGCAAGGUUCAAAACCCAUGAUUUCUUCCUCAGGCAACCUAAGGACUUCUGAUGCUGGUGGUGAUGCUUGUAGUCCAGAAGGCAGGGUUGGGGUGAGGGCCCCGUAGCAUGGUUCGCAAAAGACACCAGCAGCCCUUUCCCUGCUGUCGUAUCUUUUUCUUUGGUGCAAAUUCAUAUUUAUUUAUUUUUUGCGUGGCUCCAAAGUGCAUUGGCAUGUUGUUGUUUAGUCGUUUAGUCGUGUCCGACUCUUCGUGACCCCAUGGACCAGAGCACGCCAGGCACUCCUGUCUUCCACUGCCUCCUGCAGUUUGGUCAAACUCAUGCUGGUAGCUUCGAGAACACUAUCCAACCAUCUCGUCCUCUGUCGUCCCCUUCUCCUUGUGCCCUCCAUCUUUCCCAACCUCAGGGUCUUUUCCAGGGAGUCUUCUCAUGAGGUGGCCAAAGUAUUGGAGCCUCAGCUUCAGGAUCUGUCCUUCCAGUGAGCACUCAGGGCUGAUUUCCUUAAGAAUGGAUAGGUUUGAUCUUCUUGCAGUCCAUGGGACCCUCAAGAGUCUCCUCCAACACCAUAAUUCAAAAGCAUCAAUUCUUUGGCGAUCAGCCUUCUUUAUGGUCCAGCUCUCACUUCCAUACAUCACUACUGGGAAAACCAUAGCUUUAACUAUACAGACCUUUGUUGGCAAGGUGAUGUCUCUGCUUUUUAAGAUGCAUAAGGAAGCAAUUUCUCCCCUCUGCCUCCCAGGUAGCCCUGUAAUCCAAAUUGGGAUGCGCUGACUUACGGGCUUGUACUCCGUUAUACACUGGAUGUACACUGGGAUAGCUCAGUCGGUAGAGCAUGGGAUUCUUAAUCUCAGGAUUGUGGGUUGUCCCAUGUUGCGCAAAACAUUCUUGCGUUGAGGGGGUUGGACUAGAUGACCCUCGUGGUCCCUGCCAACUCUACAGUUCUUUGAUUAUAAUAUCUCCACCCUUCCCUUCAGUUUCCCAGCUGGGCUUGAGGGUAUAAGUAUUGGUGGUGGCAUUGUGCUGUUGCUAAAUGUCUGUGGUAGCAUUUAAAACCCUUUUAAUGUAAACCUCCAGCAAUGUUACGCUGGUUAGCGGUUACACUGCAGCAAGAGACUUUACUGAUCUUACAGUUUAGCCCUAACUGCCUGGUCUGAAGUAAGCCCAGUUGAAUUCAGUGGGGUUAUACUUCCAGUUAAGUGAGGUUACGAUUACAACAUUCAAUAAGCUUAGACUAUGCUGUAAAGUACAGUCUUAAAUAUACCCAUCCUGUGUUGUUUGUGCAUGUAUAAAGCAGUGAAUUAUUUAUCUGGAGGAAAAUCAUACUUCUCAUCUUCCUGUUUGCAAAUUAUUGCUAUGUUUCAGUUACUGAUAAAGAGCUGAAUUUGCCCUAUUACUGGAUGCAUAGCUUCCAACUCUAUAUCUCGUUGCACAGAACACGAGUUUUCUUGCUUUAGCAUCAGCUGAAUAACUUUGCCAUUUAUAAACAAGGUAUUGACGUUCUGAAAUGUCGAGGAGCCAGAGCUGCAUAAGAUGCUGAAAAUUAUACAGACCUGUGGUAUUUAAAUACAGAUGUGCCUGUUUCCCCAAUACCAAAGGAAACAAAGAAGUAAUUCCAAGUGUUUUCUACAGUCUUUUGUGGCAGUAGCUUUCUGCCAGUAUAAGCCAAAAGCCCUCUGAGAUGCGUGCUUAUAAAGUAGAUUGCCUGUUGCUUAGUACGGAAGGGUGAGUCAUCUCUGAGAUGCUUCCAUGGAAGUCAAGUACACAUGAUGAAGUUUUUUCAUGACCUUGGUACCUCGGUUCAAGAUCUCAUGGAAAUGACUUGUUAAUUGUGUUUACUCUAGUUUAUUUAGAGUAGCUUUUUCAUCAUGUACAUUGUAACUCACCAAAGCUGUAAACAGUCCAUCAAUCAUGUUUUCAGUCUCAGGUGGCUUGUUGAACUGCUGGUGGUUACAGACAGCGAAUUGGCUGCAGUCAAUUUUAGCGCAUAACAAACAUGAUGUAAAUUAAUGGAAAGUUGAAGACAGGAAAUUGUGACACUAUAAGUGGUUGUGUAGGCAGACCCUUAAAUUCAUUUUAAGCAAGCAUCUUUGCUUCUUUAAGCAAGAUCAUCUUUGGUGGCUGAACACUCUUGAUUGUGCAGGAUACUAAAGGGCCUGGACUCUGUAGCAUUUUAAGAAAGAUGGUUGUCUGUUAACUUCACUAACAGUUGAGGUACAAGGUGAGAUUUCUUACACCUCUUUCCUCACCAUUCCCUUUCUUUCCAUUCCCUUACUACCACUUUUAAAGGUAGUGUAUUUAAAAACGAUUGGCUCUUACUUUCUUCAUUUUUUUGGAUUCUGUUCCUGGUGAAUAGAUGUUCCAGUGACAGCACAUCUCUCAUUUUCUGGUGAGAGAUGAGCCUUCCAGAAGUUCCCAUUUAGCUGAAGAAGGCAGAGAGGAAAACCAGAAAUAUCAACAAUGUGUUAUGAUGUAAGUGUGGGAACUCAGGAAUAAAAAAAAACAAAACCAAGGAUUUAUAACUGGUACUGAAAAAACUUACAGCUUGAAGCUAUGCUGCUACUAAGCUCAGUGAGGCUAACUCUUGAGUAAAUUGCAUAGGAUUGUAAUCUUGCACUCAGUGGGGUUUUUAAGUAAGCAUACACAGAGUUGAAUUGUUCACUAGGUAAACUACUGAAAAGUAAUUAAUAGUUUACUUAAUUUACUACAAAUUAUGUUCAACUAUGUUUUAUUUGUGACACGGGUGACGCUGUGGGUUAAACCACAGAGCCUAGGACUUGCCGAUCAGAAGGUCGGCAGUUCGAAUCCCUGCAACAGGGUGAGCUCCUGUUGCUCGGUCCCUGCUCCUGCCAACCUAGUAGUUCGAAAGCACGUCAAAGUGCAAGUAGAUAAAUAGGUACCGCUCCAGCGGGAAGGUAAACGGCGUUUCCGUGCACUGCUCUGGUUCGCCAGAAGUCGCUUAGUCAUACUGGCCACAUGACCAGAAGCUGUAUGCCGGCUCCCUCGGCCAAUAAAGCGAGAUGAGCGCUGCAACCCCAGAGUCGGUCACCACAGGACCUAAUGGUCAGGGGUCCCUUUUUACCUUUAUGUUUUAUUUAAGGUGGACCCAUUGAAAUUAAUAGAUCAAACUUAUGCAUGUUCAUUAAUUUCAGUGGGUCUAUUCUGAGUAUAACUUGGCUGACUACCACCCAAAGAUAUUUAGGAUCAUUGUACAACAAUAUUAGAGGCCUGUGUUCCAAGCAGAGAUGUUAUAACAAAACAGAACUGGAUUUUACCGAAUCUCUCUUCAGUCCAAUCCUAUGCAGAGUUAGCCAUGCCUAAGGCUGCAAUCCUGUACACACUUACCUAGGGACAAGUCUCAUUGAAUACAGUGGAGCUUAGUUCUCAGUAGGCACGAUUGCCACUCUUUUAAAUCCAGAGGUUUUGGCACACCUAAUUCUGCAUUGGGGUACAGCCUUAAUUGUACCAGGGAUACAGAUUGUGCAAUAUUGGAUGCAAUCAUGUGUGCAUUCUUAUAGAUGUUAUCUUCAAUUAUAGCUUGGUUUAUUUGAAUUUACAACCAAAAAGGGGAAAACCUUUCAAAGUAACAGACUAAUGGAACACUAAAAAUUGCUGUGUAGCCCUAAGGGUUUCUCCAAUAUCCUUAAAAUGUUAAAUUCCUUAUAAUGAUUUAUGUGUUGCCAGCUUUCUUUGUGUGACAAUAGUGCUGUUUUUCAUCCAAUUAUAAAAUUCUUAUACCGCAGACUUUUUUUUGACAUGAUAAAUAUAUUUCAUUGUGUCUCUGUUUCAAAGAAACAAAGGAAAAUAUUGAAGCCCAAGUCCAUUAAUCAUCUUUAAUCAGCCCAUCAUUUAUUGCCUUUUCAGAAAUGAAAAGUAUUUUCCUCACUAUGAUGAUAAUACUGUAUUGAGUCUCUAGUUGUCUUAGUGCGAAUAGUGGAACGUCGACUAUGAAUGCGACACUUACUUCAUUUAUUUGGUACUAAUGGGAAUUAGUUUUCCAGUGAACAAGUGUAUUUGAUAAUUUUCAGGAUGCCUUAAGGCCUUUGAAACUUUGGAACUCUUAGAAUUGGUAGCCUUUUGUUUAUAGUCGUAACAUUAUCACAGUGCAUAUAUUAAUAGUAUCUUACUGGUGCUCCAAGACACUUUUGAUUGAUUGCCAUUUAGAUGCUGAAGAUUUAAAUUAUUUUCCCCAGUCUUCCAAGCCUCCCUCCCACCCCCAGGUUUGUUGUAUGUUCCAGUUGGAUGCUCCAGAAAGUUUUGAUGCAUGGCAGGAGUACUGUUCAGUGUUCUUUUAGUCCAGCUAAUGAGUUUCCUACCUACUGCUACUUGUGUUGUUUCUUUUCCACCCCAAGGUCAUUUAUUCCCCAUAAUAUCUGUACUGUUGGUGAGGAAAUGAAUGGGUUUUCUUUGCAUUAAACUUUCUAUUACAUUAUAACCCUCAGUAACUAAAGCAGACUGAAAGUUUUAUUUCCUGUAGAAGUUAGAAAAUAAACAAUAGCUGAAGGACCCUAAUGUUUACUGUUUGUAUUAACACAUAAAAUGUUGGGGAACAAAUAGAUUUAAAUAGGCUGGGCAACUUGUGACCCUGCCCUCAGACCUGAACACGGCACACUACUCAUGCAUUGCGGACUGCCAGAUGCCUGCCAGCCCCCUAUUUUGUAGUCUCAGACAGACAGCAAAAAUGGGUUUAUCAAGCCCCUGGUGGGGCACCACAUAUGGCAGGUGGGUAGCAUUUAGCUUUGUUGCCACAUUGUGUGUGCCUGAAUGAAAAAGUCUCUAGGGCUGCAGAGUCUGGAAUACACUCAAAUAUAAAAUAUUGCUGUGUACUCAUUUGAAACGGUUGACUGCUAAAUCAACAGUAAGCUAGAUUUUAGAAGACUGGAAGGUAUCUGACGUAAUCCUAACCAUAAAAUGCAACAGUUCUAGAGGUAGAAUAAAUAGACUUCACUAAUGUAAUGCAGUUUUGGCAUUUCUGUCCCUGUUUUAACUACAGAUAUUAUCGCACCCACCCUCUGCUGUCUUCCCCUUUUUUUAGCAACUGGGAAAUAAGAGUUCAGCACCUUGCAGCAGUCCUUUUGGAUUACUUUUUUACUUGAAGCCAAUAUUUUUUAGGGUAGAGACUAAUUUUUUGCUAAGUAUUCCUGUAAUGCUGAGUUUACAAGCACACUUUCACCAUAGGAAGGUUACUUGACAGAGACAAGUUUCUCAGAGACUGAAACUUGAAGGUAUGAAUAUGAACUAGUUGUGUAAUUUCUGUUUCUAUAGGCAUAUAUACUAUUGAUUAAAACCCCUUUAGCUUAAGCCAGGAGAUAAGGGGCUUCCAAAUUCACUUGUGCAACAAAAGGCAUGGAAAUUGUGUUAAGCUGCCUGUCUUAACUUCUAUGUUUCAUAAUCAGUAAAGACAUUCUGCAGUCUUGUGUUUGUUGACAACUUGGCUUUUAUACACCGAAACUUUCCAUUUGUCCCCGUCCCCCAGUCCCAGACCUCUUUCUCUGUAGAUUGGGGCCAACUAAGAAGAUGAAUUCAAUGCUAUGUUGCUAAUGUAUAAAAAGGCACAUGCCCUUAAAUAAUAAACAUUUAAGUCUGACAGUUUAAGAACUAAGAUGGACCCUCUACAAUGUGCUUUCAUUUGGAUUAUAGAGAACAGCAUAUAUCACAAGACUAGGGGUAGACAGGCAGUGGGGCAGCUCUUCGCCUCAUAUACGUCUGUAAGUUAUAUUAACAGUGUGGUUUAACAAAAGUAAAACAAGUAAAAUGGGUUGGGUCCACCGUUAGUUAUCCUUAAAGAAGACUCACUGAAUUCAAUGGGCAUGGCUAACUUAAGUCUAUAAAUUUCAGUGCAUCUACUGUACCCAACUAAGUUCUGCUUAGUAUAAAUACAAAAAUAACAAUAAGCCAAAUACUGCAAAAUCCUAGAAGUAGAUUAUAACUGCAGGAAUAAAACUGUAUCCAAAAAGCUUGGCAAAAUUGUAGGUAUCAGAUGAACAUCUUUGGAGAGGGUGUUCCACAAUUGGGACUCUGGUAGCCAUCGGCCUCAUCUCGGAUGGUGGUGGCACUUGCAGAAGACCAUCCAGUUAAUAAAUGGGUCAUAAUAUAUGAAUAGGAGCAUAGGGAGAGAGGCAAGCCUUUGUAUUCUUGCAAGUCUUCAAUUGAAUAUUUAUUUUAACAUUUGUCCUAGGGCUCAGGUCAAACUAACAGAUCUGCUGAGCCAUGUAUUGCUCUCUUGUUCCCUUCCUUAAAUAUAGGAUUGUAGAUUUGUUAUUUGUAAGUCAUCAGCAUCUCCCCUUGCACAUAAUUUAUUUAUCUAUAAUUUUUGUUAAUGGACCUCCUGUUUCAUAUGCUAGCUGUUUUAAUAUCCUGAGAUGUAGAUUUGAAAACCUUCCAGGUUUCCAAAAUCAAGUUGAGCUUGAGAACAGGCCCCCCUGAAUACAGUGGGGCUUUCCUCUGAGUAAACACCCACUGAUUUGGGCUUGUAAGAUUCCCCCCCCCCCCCCAAAAAAAAUAUUACGGUAUGUUUUGCUUCAGACAGUCUUUUGAAGUAUCAGUGCUCAUCAUUACCUUUCUCCAAAAGGUCCAUGGCUCUUUUUAACCUGGGGAUGCCUUUAAUCAUAAUAUUUAGCAUUUAUAUAAUGUGAUAAGACUGUUCAAAGCACUACAUUUACAAUUUCUUGUUGCAAUUCUUCCAACAGCUUUGUAAGUUAAGACAGUAUUGGCAUUCCCAUAUUGCAAAUGAGAGAUUGAGGCUGAAUGUGUGUGUAGCUUGUCUAAAACUACCCAGGAAACUCAUGGCAGAGAUAAGAUUCAAAGUGGGGAUUUCUUGAUUCAUAGCAUAGUCUCUUAGCUACUACUGUACACCAGCACUUAGCAAUCUAGAUAAUUAAACAAGGAGGAGUAAGUAGCUGCUGCUGGGGAGGGACGGUUGUGAUUUAGGCUUGAGACUGUGUGCAAGGAAGCAGGUAAAAAUCAUCUUGAUGAACUCUCUUCUGCAAUUAUUGUUUGCCUUGAGAGGGAAACUUCCAUUGGCACUAACAGUGAGUAAAGAACGUAGGUUGAGUCCCCUAAGUUCACUCUGUAACAGUGAAAGUGCUUGUAUAAGUUUUUAAAAAUUGUUGAGAUGGUGUUUACAUUAAUUCAUUUUUUCCAGUCUUGCCACUAAUGUAAAAUGCAACUGUGUUCUGCACAAGGAAGUCUUGACCCACAAUGAUGUAAGAGUAAAUAAAUGAUUGUUUUGAGUUAUGGCUUAGAAACUAAAUUGAAAUCUGCAAAGAAGUCUCACUUUUGGAGCCUUAAAUUUAGCUUAGCCAAAGGUGUUUUUUAAAAUAAAUUACUUUGACAUCUAUUUUUUUUUUUAGACUGUUACGAUAAUCUAAUUAAAAGAAGUACCACAUUGUGGUUGCAUGAAAGAGCAGAUCCUGCUAUAUGUCAGCUUCACAUAUUACUAAUAUCCUAAAUUCCUGGUUAGCCAUUAAUUUCUUUUGUCUGAAGCCAUAUUUUGAAUUGUACAAAAUCUGAAGGACUGGCGACAUUGAAGUUGUUAAAGGCUGUCUAACAGAAUACCGUAAUGUAGGUGUUCAAAUCACAGUUAUCUAAAUUAUAAGCUAAAGACUUUAGUGGGUUGUUUUUUUUUUAAAGCCAAGAUAACUUUGCUUGUGCCCAUGCAUUUUAUGUUCACAAGGACAUAUCCUUCAAGAUACUCAAAUAGAUGUGGGGAAAACGCUGUUAAACAUGUUCACAAUAUUCUUAUUUCAUCUAUCACAUCACAUGUUCUGAUGUUUGGGUCUGGCAGUGAAAACUGACCCAAUUAAGUCCUAUAAACCACAUGUUCAAAGUUAUUCUUUUUAAAAACUAUUAGUUCAUAAGUUCUGGGACAUGAAUACUGGUGCUGAAAAUGCUAGGUUCCCACUAGAACUGUGUGUUUAUAUUCAUUUACUUUCCUACACUCCUGCAGUUUUAUACUAAAAUGAAUUAAUAAAGCUGAUGCAAAGAAAUCAUAGACCUUGUUCGCACUACACAGUAAGCUAAACUACGGCUUAGUCAGUGAGAUUAUGUGGGCUUUUAGUUCUUCUCUGGUCCUUUUUACUGCAUUGCACUAAGCCAUAGUUCCUUCUUGGUUAUGGCUUGUGGUUAGUACCGAGAGAGGUUAACCAGGGGUCCUGGUUUAGACUGAACAACAUGCUAAGCCAAACCUUGGCUUAAUUUAGCAUGGCAUGGCUUACUGUGUUGUGUGAACUGACUUAUAGAAUUUUAUGUUAGCGCAAUAUUGGAGGAGGAAACUGAUGGCCAGUAAGUUGUUCAGUCUAAUCUCCUGUCAGUAGGGAAGAGAGAGAAGGAAUUAAUCACUUGGGUGCUGGAAGAAUAGGAUCACAUAGUUCUCAAAGACACAAGUGAGUCAAGGCACAUAAUGCAGAACAUUUCAAACCAUUUAUUAUUAUUUAUUGUAACCUAUUAAUUGCUUUUUAUAAAAGUAAAUUAAAGUGACUUAUAGUAAAUAAAGACACACAUACAUUAAAAUCAGUAUAAAACAAUACAAAGAAAAAUCCAAAAGGCAACCCAAUUUGUAAAAGACAAAAUUCAGACAGCUCAUGCACUGAAUGAGACCACAGGUAAUUAAAAGCCAAAGGCCUGCAAAAAAGAAACGUUUUUGCACGGCAAAAUAUGUAGUGAUGGCGCCAGGUAAGCCUCCCUGGGAUGAACAUCCCACAAGUGAGGAGCCACCACUGAAAAAACUGUUAUUGGGUUGCUACUUUCCAGACCUCCUGUAGAGGAGGCACAUGGAGAAAUGCCUUAGAUGCCAAUUGCAGGGUCUGGGUCAGUUCAUGUGGUGAGUGGCAGUCCUUGAGGUAUUGGGGUCCUGAGCCACCUAAGGCUUUAUACGUAAAGCCUUUGAAUUGGACCUGGAAACUAUAAGCCAAUGGAGUUGGAACAUGUUCUACAGAUUUUCUUGUUGAUUUUGCAAACUGAGGACAUGCAUUAAAAUUGGUAAAUGAAAGUAGUGUAGAGUGGCACUAAAUACCAUACUUUUCCGUGUAUAAGAUGAGGCCCCAAUUUUUAAAGUUUGAAAACGUGGGUUGUCUUAUACAUGAAAUAUAGCAAUUAAAUAUAUAAAUAAAUAUGGUACUUGCCGCCAUACAUGCUCUGACAGUUGCAGCUCCUCAUAGUGACGAGCUGCGGGGCAUCCGUAGUCUGCUUGCCUCCUCCCACUCAGCCCGCCCUCCAGCUGGGAGGGGGGCUGAAGGCGGUUUGUUUGUGCUGCGCGGAGUCCACGCGAUCGGCGCCGUCGCUCCAGUUGGCUGUGGCGAUCAAAGUAAUAUCACCCCUCUGCGCCUUUCCCGUCAUAGAAACCUUGCGCCUUGUGCCCCUCCUGGGUAACGGCGCCUCCCCCCCAAAAGCUCAACAACUCUAGGGCUCCCCCCCCAAAAAGCUCAGAGAUUGUCUGGCUCUGCCUGCGAGGGAACAGCUGAUAGGCGGCUUGUUAGAGGCGCUUGGCUGUCAGCGUUGGUCCGGCAGGUGAACAAUUUUUGUCAACAAUUUAGGUCAAUCUCCCCCCAUUUUCUUAAUUUGGAGUCCCCAAAAAUAGGGGUUGUCCUAUACAUGGGGGUGUCCAAUACACGGAAAAAUACGGUAACUACAGAUGAGCAGAUCUGUUCCAUAGCCAAAUGACCUUUAGGAAUUGAUUGAUUGGGCACUUCCGGGGUGGCGCCUCCGGAAAAUGGCGGAAUUCCCUUCAAGUUGAAGGGAACCCGCUGCACGGAAGCUUGGGUCCUACCGCUACGGCGCAGCGGGGACCCUUAAAACCCACAGGCGGACGAAGCCUGUGGACGUGGGACUCAGCGGGCACCGUGAGAUCUCUCUCCCAUUGUGCAGUAGCCGGGUAACGGGCUCCGGAGUGGGAGGUGCGUGGUGCUGUGAGUCGACUGCUUCUUUCGUGCAGCAAAGCCGCACUGCCGUUUCCGGAGAGCGCUGCCUUUUCCUGGGACAAUUUGGCAUCUAAAACAUCUAUCCGUGAGUACCUGAUCUUGGAAGAGCUGAAUUACUUUUAAGACUGGUGAAUAAAUAAAUAAAUUGGACUUGAAAUUGAAUUUAAUUGGGACUUGGAAUGGGAAGGUCUAAACAGGAAGUCAGCCUCCCGUUCUUUUGUUACGUGAAGAAAGCAAAGACAAAAUAUACUAAAGCUUGAAAAUUAAAUUCUGAGAGAACUAGAAUUCAACAUCUAAGAUUUCUGAACCCCCCUUUGACUGCAGGAGAAGAAGGGGUUGUUUUGGACUUUUAACCCUGCGGAAGUGAGUUUAAAACAAAGUAAUUUUCCACCGCCCUGAACCAGGAGCGGGCUGUCUGAAGUGACUUAUUGACGCUUGUCCAGCUGGACAGAUAGUUAAAGAAGGGUAACAUUGUGACUCUACUGUUGCCUCUUGAAUUUUGAAGGGGAACUUUGGAUAAAGUGUAUCUGGAAAAGAAAGACUGUUGCUGAUGUUUUUCUCCUUUAUAAAAAAAAAGAAAAAAAGGUUUUCCCUCUAGUGGGAUUUAGUGAAACUGCAACGCAGAGAGCUUAAAAGUGAAGGACUAUAAUCGUGGGAAAGAAUUUUCUUUGACCUUGAAGGACAAUGCUUGUACAAAGGCUUGAACAAAUGUUCCUGGAAGGUUUUUCAAAACUAAGUGCCCAGCUGGACCAGAUGCGUCAGGAGACGACCUUGAUGACGGAAGUUACCAGAGCACAGCAGCAAGUAAAUGGAACUCAGUUAAAAUAUCUACAAGUAUAUGAACCUGCUGUAGUGAUGGAGGCUUCAGAGAUGGAGGGACCUUUGGACCGGCAGGAUCAGCCUUUGAACUUGAUAAAUGAACUUGGGAUAAAUCAGAUUCGGAAAGAUGAAAUGUGGUUAGAUUUGGAAAUGGGGGAUGGAUUGACCCCCCUUUAUAUGGUUAUCUGGACUUUCCGAGUCUGGUGAUGGGCCAUCAGAGGAUUGGAGUAGUCGGAGCCUCCAAGUUUCAAGGAAACUUGAAGUGGUAUUAUCUGCUGUCUGGCUUGGACAAUGGGCAUGGGAUGGACUUGCUGCAAAGGGUCAAAAGUAUCUUUCUGCUGGAGUACCCACGACUGAAAGGGAAACAUCAAGAAGAGCUGCGAAAGGGGCAAGAAAGAGAUUUGAGGGCCUCGGACACGAGACAACCAGGUUAAGGAGCCGGACUAUUGAGGUUAAAAGGACUGACAAUCCCGGGUCCAGGGGAGGGCGCUGGAAGUUGACUGGAUUGUGUCUGACUUAUUAUUUUAUUUUAUUUUUCUACUUUUCAAUAUUGGGAACGUUCAUAAAUGUUUGAAAGAUGUUGAAUGAAACUAUAUGGCUUAAGUAAUGAUUGGUAAAUGAUUUGCAAAAAGGUAAUGAUGUAAGAAUUUGGUAAAUACUGAAUAUAAGCUUUGAGUUUUAAAGUUUCUAUAUGACAAGAGGGAAAAUAGAAUAAGGAAAUGUAAUGAUAGAUUGUUAUGAAAAAACAGAAAGGAUUUGCUGUAAAAAUUAAAAAUUAAGAAACAAGAGAGGGGAGGAGGAGGAAGUCUAGAAAGGAAGUUAACAGAGAUCGUAAAUGAUUUUAUACUUUUGUUUUUCUUUUUUUCUUUUUUUCUUUAUGGUUGGGUUUUUUCUUUUUUAUUUCUUUAUCAUUUUGGUUUUUUGUAUUUUCAAAUUUUUUUUUGGAAAUUUUUGUUGUUAUUCUUUGAAAACUUAAUAAAUAUUAAUUAAAAAAAAAAGGAAUUGAUUGAUUGAUUAUUUAAUUUCUAUACCGCUUAACAUAUUAAAAACCUAGCUAGUUGAGCAGGGUUUAAAUAAUAAAAUUAUAAUAAUUGUUAUUAAAAAUAUAAGCUGUGUACAGAAAACUGAAGCAACAGCAGACAAUUUAAACAAAAUGUUACAAAAAUGCACAGUUACAUGUAACAGUGUUUCAUUAAUACAAAUUUAAACACACACACAUAAAUAUCCUACUUUUCUCCAUUUUUAAAAAAUUAAAGUUAAAACCCACACAUAUAACAUGGAGUUGACUUACUCUGCUUCUCCUCAAAGUAAUAGGAACCUUGGAAGAACCCUACUAGAUGCCCUUUUGGUUCACUACAAACAUUUCAAUCUCACAGUGACUAGCCAGGACACUAAGUUCUGUUACUCAUGGUCCCCAACAACUUGUAUCCAGAGGCAUAUUGCUCCAGUACUAUAUAGCCAUUGAUAGCUCUGUGAAUAACUCCAUGAAUUUGUCCUUGCAUGUGAGAGAGGGAGAAUGGACGUUAAUCAGAAGCAGAAAAGUCAUAUGUUUUGAGGGAGGAGCCAUUAAUACCGAAAAGUGUUUCUACUUGAUGUUGCCAUUAGCAAUUAAAUGCAAUGUUGGGAUUGCUUAUGAGGUGUGGAGGGGAAGGCAGUGGUCACCUGCCUGAGGCACUAAAGUGAGGAGCUUUUGAGGAAAGGAGGACCGACUUCUGCUUUGGGGAAGGAAGAGCUAACAGCCUCCCUAGGAAAAUCCCCAAGCUACAUGUGCAGCAAGCCAGGCCCCCUGGCUAUUUUGAUUAAGUGAAAUGGAGCAGCAAGGAAGGAACCCGAGCUCAGAAAUAAAACAUUCAGGAGGAUAAGCCCCUGUUCCUAGCUCCAUAUUAGAAAAUCAGAAUGUUUAAGCAAUAUUUUCUAGCAGAGCUCAACUUGAAAAACAUGUUCACAGUGUAAGUUCAGAUGUAGGAUAAAUAUAGAGAAUCUCUUUGAGAAGUUGACUUGAGAUUUCCCCCCUUCUCAAAUUCCAAGUGAAUAUUAUUAUGGAAUAAGCAGACUGCAUUCACGAGUUGCAGCCUCCAAAUUAAAGCAAGGAUCGUAAUCUUGCAUCUUAUGCUACUUUUAAGUACGUGCUAGUUGUGGGUAUCUGGACUUAAUUACAUGUACAUAUUAGCUGUAGGGAUCUGGUUUUAUAGUGAUGUUUGAUUGCAGCCCUUGGGUACAAGAGGAGUUGCCCAACUCCACAGUAGGGAACUUGGAAGGAGUGGGAAAACAUCCCUUUGUAUCACUGUAUCAGAAAAGGCAGCCAAAUUCCUCUGUGCUGAGGGCCACAUCGUAAAUAUAUCAUGAAUCAAAAGGCGGCUGCAGCUAAUUUGCAUAUCUUAUUUGCAGAUAAUUAAUGUGAGUUGCAUAACUGAUUUCAUGUGCGUGCCAAACUACAAUUAGUAGACAACAUACAUUUUAUUUUUCUGCACGUAGAUGUCCUUGGGCCAGUCCUUGAGAUUACCUUGUUAUAUGGUUUGGAAAAUCAGCUGAGUUGAAAAAGGUAAAGAAUCUUAUACCCUUAUGUUACUUGCCUCCAACACUAUUUGUAAUUCUGUGUUUUUUAAAUUAUUCCUGCAUUCAUGAGGGCUAGAAAACUCAGCCUAGACUCAGCACUUGGUUGCAUACCAUUGCACUUUCUUUGGUUUUAAGUGGGAUUUAAGAUAAUGCACAUUUAUGUUGGUUACAAGUUUUAUGCUACUGAAUUCAGGGAUUUGACUUCGAUUAGUUUUAAAGGCUCUAGAUUGAUUUUUUUUUUUUUUUAGGUUUUGGAUACAGACUAGAGACACAUAUGUUUUGUACUUAGGCAGAAAUCCUAUCUACACUUACAGUACCUCAUUGAGCUCAGUACCUUAGCUGAGAUCCCUGCAUUGCAGGGUGUUGGACUAGAUGAUCCUUGGGUCCCUUCCAACUCUAUGAUUCUAUUAUCGCUCCUCUAGUCUAUGAGUAGAAUAUACUGAAUUGUACUGAGUGUCUACUGUGCUUAAAAGGUUUGGGAAUGGUGGAAGAGUUGGUGUGAAAAUAGCUAAUAGAAAAAUUCCAUUUUUAAUUUAAAAAAAUGCAGAGAGGAAUCUAAUGUAAAAUGAAACUUGUGUCAAUGUGCAACCGUCCAUGUGCUGUUCAACACUGAGAUAAAUCACUCUGCCUGAGGGGAAAAGGUGAUAGGCAUAUAUCAAUGAGAACCACUUGCAGAGCAUCAUUAACUACUUCAGCUGUUUCCACUGCAGAAUCAUAGAAUUGUAGAGUUGGAAGGAACCAUGAGUCAUCUAGUCCAACCCCUGAAGAGAGAAGCCACUCUUUAAACCAUACUUUUCUUUUCAACAGUGGAAUACUAUUGCAGAAAAAAUAAUAAUGAAGCCCUAGCACUGUGAAUAAUUCUUCACUGUGUAUUUGAUUUAAAUCUCUAUGUGACCAAAAAUGUGCUUUAGCGUAUGUUAAAUAGCUUGCAUAUAUGUGUGGCAUAAUAUUUCAAUAUCACUGGAAUAAUGAUAGUUGGCUACUUGGUAUUUUGCAUCUUCCCCGCCCAGACUAAAAAAACCUCUACAGGCUCUAUCUGUUUAGAAAGGAGACCAUACUUCCAGAAGUGUGCAUUUCAUAUCUUUGACACCUCUGAAUGACAUAAAAUCAUUGUUCUGUUUGCUUGCUUUUGGCUUGUGAACCGAACAAUGUUUAUUUCUUGAAAUGUACCUGACAGGAAAGGGCAGAACAUGAAAUGCAUGUAGGAGAAAUGGUUGAAUCUUGAGAUUAAAUCAAAAAACACUCCCCUUAAAACAAAAGUUUUCAGAACUGAAAAGAUACUCUCCCUUAAUACCAGUUACUUCCAUUGCAGUGAAUGGUGCUACAUCACUUGGUAUUAUUAUCACUUGCAUUUAUAACCUUCCUUUCUUCCAAGCAGCUCAAGACAGCAUGUAUUGCUCUUCCCCUGUCCUUUUUAUCCUCACAACAACCCUGUGGGGUAGAUCAAGGUGAGAGAGACUGCAAUAGGCUCAAGAUGACCCAGUCAUAUCUGGUCCAGCAAUUUUGGGGGUGGGGAUUAAUAGUGCCAUGGCUCCAAUGCUUCUGUAUUCCGUAAGAUGCCUGUCAGGCCUGACAAGCAUUGUGAAACUUUGUUUUUCUUUUUACAAAAAGGCAGACAUUGUUGCCACUGAUUUUCUGCUAUUGUUUACUCUCAUCAUCUGUUUCUCUCCACUGGCUGUGGUGAUGGGGGCUAUUUUUCUGAGUCCCCACCCCCCACCCCACAACAAUGCCAUGGAAAGAUGAGAAAAAUGAUGAAGUAGUUGUAAUGCCUGAAAAUGCAGCUGCCUGGGACCUGGUUUGAAAACUGCUCAGGGGCUCCGCUAGUCUCGAUUUGCUGUAAUUUCCUUCAAUAAAUAUUUGUUUCCCACUGGCUGUCUACCACAAGUAGAAACAGGAUGUUUUUAUUUGUGCAACGCAAGGGCUAAGAAAAUAUUAGGAAGGUUGGGUAUGUGGACUUUAUUUCAUGUACUAUAUUUCAUUACUAUAUUUUGAGAUCAGAACAACAUUUUCCCCAGGUUACAGUGGCUGGGUUGGGUACUUGCUCUGACAUCAGAUCUGGGGGACCGUCAUAUCCUGAUCAAGCAUUUUUUGUGUCUUGGGCUGCUGACCAGGGUGUCACUUAUAUUUGUACAAAAGGUCAAUUGAGAAGCUAAGCUUGUGUCUUGUAGCCUGCAGUGGUACAGGAAGAAACAGAUGCACACUAGCGGCACCUUUCAAUUUUUUUAGUACAUGAAAGAAAAUAUAAAAAUUAUCACUGCAGCUAAGAGUUUACUAGAUUUGGUCCAAAUAAUCAUAUCCUUCUUCAAAAUGCACUGAUGGUAUUUUUCUCACUAAACAUCCUUUCAGUGGAGUUAUUAACUUGGUUCUGAACAAGUGGUCAUCCCCAUGGCAAUGGACAUAGGAAGGACAGGACAGAUCUCUGCCACUGCUCUUCUUGCUACCACCUCACAGGGUGGGGAGCUUGCUGUGAAGAUCUAAACAUUGAAGGCCUAUAGUCUGCUGUGGAAGUGUCAAUGAGCAUCAAUUGGCUAGAGCUUUGAGAGCAGCUCACCCAGCCCUACAACACUUUGCUCCUCUUUUCUAUCUCGGCAAUGUCCUAAUUUGCAUGGAAUCAACCACAGUGAAAUCCAACAUCAACAGACAAGGAAACACCCAAUCUGGGAGCUUCAGGCAGAAGCAUCCCUCCUCCUUAGCUGGGCAAAAUACAACAUCCAGCAGUUUUCAACAGCUGCUGUCAAUGUUUGGCCAAUGCCAAGUGGACCUAUUUGCCUUAGACUGGAAACAUCAUCUCCAGUCAUCAGUGGAGGCAUGGGGUGCCCUGCUCUCCGCAUGGCCACCAGGUCUUCUCUACUCCUUCUCUCCCCAUCAUUCUGAGGGUCAGAAAAUCAGAGAAGAGAAAGCAAGCGUUCUCCUCAUUACACUGUUCUGGCUUCAGCACCCUUGGUUCCCUCAAAUACUCCACCUGGCAGUCUCCCCUCCGUGACACUUUACAGAACAGAGCUCCUCUUUCAGAGCCUGAUUCUUCAUCCAGCUCUCAAGUGGCUCCAGCUGACUGUUUAGAGUUUGAACUGCAAUGCCUAACCAAGCUGGACUUACCUGCAGACCUCAUUGAUACGCUUCUACACUCCAAGAGGCCCCCACCCCCUGCUCAUAUCAAUCCACCUAGAUACCAUUUUGAUUCUUGUGUGUGUCCACAAAUCACUCCUACAAGAAACCAGAAGUUUCCACCAUCCUUUCCUCCAUCCUGUCAUGACCAUCCGCUGCCCGCCUCUCUUCCCAUUUGCUCUUGAAAACGAUUCCUUAGAGAGGCAACUCUAAAGUGUCCCCUGACCAGCCACAUAUUCCCAUUCUAGGACCUCCACAAGGUGUUUUAGAGAAGCUUCCCUUCAAACCACUGGGGAAGGUCUCCCUCAAACUUCCAUCCUUCAAGCUUGCCUCAUUAGUGGCCAUCACUUCAGCUUGCAGAUUUUCAGAAUUGCACUCCAAGAGCACUCUUGAACCUUUCACAAAGAGAGCAUUGUCAUCUGUACCGACCCAGCCUUCCUUCCUAAGGUCGAUGCUAUCUUCCACUUGCAGCAAGAACUUGAGAGAGGAGAAAAUAGUUGGCAUUCCCUGGACAUUUGCAGAACCUUAAAAGUCUGCAUUGCUCAAACCAAAAAGCUCAGGCGGACCGAAUCCCUCUUCAUGUCAAUCCACCCCCAUUUAUGCACCAUUGUUUGCUGGAUUGUGCCCAGUGUGACUUUUUUGUUGUAACGUAAGAUACCGUAUUUUUUGCUCUAUAAGACUCACAUUUUCCCUCCUAAAAAGCAAGGGGAAAUGUGUGUGCGUCUUAUGGAGCGAAUGCAGGCUGCGCAGCUAUCACAGAAGCCAGAACAGCAAGAGGGAUUGCUGCUUUCGCUGCGCAGCGAUCCCUCUUGCUGUUCUGGCUUCUGAGAUUCAGAUUUUUUCCCCCUUGUUUUCCUCCUCCAAAAACUAGGUGCGUCUCAUGGUCUGGUGCGUCUUAUAGAGCGAAAAAUACGGUACUUUCAUCAGUGACACUAAACUUAUUCAUCAGGAUAAUGGUACUGGGGGUUAUUGCAGUUUUUUAUUAUGUAUUUUGUGAUUUAUAUUCUGAUUUUAUCCUGUGAACCACCCUGAGACCUGUGUGUAUAGGGCAGUAUAUAAAUUCAAUAAAUAAUGUAAAAUAAAUAUACUUAGCAUGAUUUUGAAAAUUUUUUAGAAGAGGGAGUUAUAAUCUCUUUAGUCUUACAGAAGCUAUUUAAUAACAAUUUGUAGUAUACAUCAAGAGAUGACCUCUUUGUUGUGACACUGCUAAAUUGCCACCUGUGUUUAACUUUGUAGUGCUUUUUUGAAUAAUAGAGACUUUUUUUUUAAAAAAAAGCCACUUACCUUGUGCAUAUCUGGAAUAAAAUUCCAGACAUGUAUUUGAAUGACUAGUCUUGUUAUGUCAGUGUUGAAUCCACCCCUGCCCCCAAGCAGGCUGUGUAGAUAGGUGGGUUUCUUUCCUUGUUUGACAUCUGAGCUUCUCAAAAUGCUUCCAGAUGUAGCUGAUUGGGCCUCUGAAUCAGAACUGCUCACUGUUUCACACGGUAGCUCUAAAUUCAAGGAAGAGGAAGCACCUCUGUUUCUUUGAGGCCUGCCCUCUUGCAGUACCUGGUUUUGUCUUACUAUUGCUAUUGAGAAUGGAACAUAGAUACGUUUAUAGCAGAAGAUGGGCAGAAAGCUGCUAGGUGUUUCUUCUAAUGGGAUUUAUUAAAAGUGAUACCUAAGAAAGUCUGGGUCUGGUCACUCCCUGGAUAGGAGACCACCCGAGUGCUUCAUGCGUGCUGAUUUGAAUUACAUCUUUUAACAAAGAUAGGCUACAAAAUAAAUGAGUGGUACCUGCAACAAAAUGUUGCAGCGUGGCCCACUUAGGUUCAGGAUUUUCUGUUUCCCUUUCCACCAAGUUUUCCGAGUCCCCUACCAUCCACAACAGUGAUCCAGUCUUUUGUAACAAUGAGGCAUAUUCAAUGCCCAUUAAGCUUUUUUUGGGGUGGGUGGGUGUGUCCCCCUUUGGGUUCUUUCCCAAAGUUUCUUUCUACUUACACAAAUAUAUGAGCUCCCCCAAGCCUGGUGACGCCUCCCUCUUAUGCAUAGAUGGUGUUGUUUUCACUGCAUAAAGAAUGACUCUCUGAACAUUGAGAUCACUAUUAGUAUGUGUAUUAUAUGAUAAAUAAGUGUUUGCUGGCCCCGUGGGCCCAAAGGAAGAGAACACAACCAUUGAACUGAUACUAAAUCGUAAGCAGUCUGUAACACAUUCAUCCCCAGUGCUUUUAAAUUUCCUAUAACUUUCCUGGGGUAAGAAUGAGGUUUGGAAACAAAUACAAUUCUGCUUGUCCCAAAUUAUGCUGAGACAUUCAAGUCACUUUGAGAACCCAUUCCCCAGUGUAAGCACAGUAAUUGUGCAGCCUUCAUUUUGGUUGCAUGCAAAUAUGUUAAAAAAACCCUGAAGUCUCUUUUUAAGAGUGCUGCUUAAUGUUUUAGGUUGGGCUAAUGCCUCCAGACUGUUCAUAUUCUCUGCAUGGUUUGCACUGUGCAGCUUUAAAGAAAAUGACACCCCCCUCCAAAGAAUUUAUAACCUAACAAAUGGAUUAAAAUCAGUAGUUAGGGGCCUUUCGGGGGCUAGCCUUGGUUGCAUAUGUUUGUUCCCUUGUUCUGAUACUCUAGCUUUGACCUGCAACCCGCAUGUUGAGAAUAUGUGGAUUAGAUAGGUGGCAUUGCAUUCUGGGAAUCUCCCAACUUCCCCAAGUGAAACCUGGACAUGGCUUCCUCAGUGGUAAGAUCAGUAAAACUUGCAAGACCCCCUGAAAGAUAUUGGUUCUCUCAACUCUGAUCUUUUCCUGCAGUGUGCAGCUACAGAAGGGUGUUGGAUGUGUUCUGUGUUGCAAUACUAGUUAUUACAAUUGAAAAUACAUAGGGUUAUAUCUGAGUUCUGCAAAGAAAUUGAUGGACCUAAGUUGGUAAUGUACACUCAGCAGAACUAAGAUUAGGUGCAACAUAUGGGAUAAUAGCCUUUGUGCCUGUAAGUCUUUAGUAUCAGGGCAAACGGCCUCUAGGGGUGCAGUUUUCACCAGAAUCCUGAACUUCUCUCUCCCCAAUAUGAGGUCCUGAUCUGGAUCUGCUGCAUCGUCUAGCGGUUGCUACCUGUAAGUUUUUUGUUUUUGUUUUUUUGGGGGGAGAGAAAGAUAGAGAUAUGCAUUUGUAUGUUUCCAGUGUUACGUCAAGUGUGAUCCUUGUGUCAGUGGUUGGCGGUACGGUGUAACAAGUUGCUCCAUCUUAACGAGUCAAAAAUGAAAAGGGUUUUCUGGCUGAAGAAAGCCUGAAAAUCAACAGGUUACCUAAAACAAAUGUAAAACAGAAGUAAUAAAAUGUGCUCUGUGAUUUGCUAGUGGCAAGUUGUAAAUACAAAGCAUCGUCCUCAAACCUGCGAAAACAAUGAAGGAAUUAACAGCACGCAAGCCUUAUUUGUUGUAUUUAUUUUGCUAAAAUGUAAGUCUGCCAUACUACAAAGCAUAGCUGCUUUGUACAGGUGUUACUCUAAUAUGUAUGAUAAUGGGAAGGUAGAGGAGUUAACAGAUAGUUGUUUAGUUCAAAUAUUAGUCUACCUCUUUAUAGCAGAAAAUUGAAAUCAACUCCAUCUAUUAAAUGCUAAGAAUACAGCUAAAUGGUGAGAAUUGAUUUUGUUGCCUUCUGUGCCUAUACAAGUUCUUUCUAUUUUAUAUUGUAUCUAAACCAGAAAUUUAAAAGGACUGUAUCUGUAAAAGUGUAAUUAGCUGAGAUAUUAAUGGGCUUUCUUGCUGAGCGUGGACUUUUGCUCCUCCUUUCACAUGAACAAGCAAGGAAGCAAACCAACCAACCAACCAACAAACAAACCAGGAAGUCUUUCAUAGUUUCCGGUUUCAUCUGGGAAACUAUGGUUAACAGCUUUGGAAUAAGCUGAGCUAGUAAGGAAACUUCAACACUUGGUGUGCAUGCAAGCAACAGGUGCAUACAUGUUUCAGCUUAAAUUGAGAUGAAUUGUCCAAACUCACUAUAGUCUUCAGCUAUGUUAUUAGUGGCAGACAUAUAAUAUUGUAAGAUUCAUGUUGGAGUUGACAUGGGGUUAUCUUAUUUUAUGCUAGCAGUAAUAUUGUGUGGUAGGUCAGGCCAAGAGAAAUUUGCUGGAGGACUCCCAGGUAGCAUCAUGGCUAAGCAAAGAUUUGAACCCAGGUGCCCCCAAAGUCUAGCACUUGUUCUGCUGUGCUACACUGGUGUCAUUCUUUCCUGAUUAAGAUUUUUUAAAAGAGAAAUGUGAGAUUAUUACUGCAAGCUUACAUAAUAAGGUAUCAGAUCCAAUUAGUGAUAUCCACAUCAUAGUUUAAGACACUUGUGGCCUUAAAUUCCUCUGCAGACUGCUUGGGCAUUUAAAUUUUGUGGGUUUUUUUUCAGACUUGCCUAGACAGAGAUCUAAUUUUUCCAAUGUAGUAUUACUGCACUAAGACUUCUUUGUAUUUUUGAGCCUUACGUUCAAAAACUUGUUGGGAUCUUGCAAGGAGUUGCCAACAUUGACCUCAUCAUGCAUCCUAAAUAACAGUGUGUUUGCCAAGCGUUGUGGAAAAAAAUGUCGCUGCCAGCAAUAUUUUGGUCUUAUCGCCACUUUCAGUUUUUUCUGUGUUUUAGGUGUUCUACUAAAUCUUUGGUGUUCCUGUCAGUUAGGAAUUAAAGGGUACAAUAAUGUUUAAGAGAUUCUUGGUAAAACCCUCCCCAUUUAUAAAGUAAUCAGAGGGUAUACACAGAAUGUCCUUUGAAAGAUUGUGACUUCUAGGCUUUUGAAUAAGUGGGCAGAAUUAUUUUUUAAAGUGUUGGUUGUGCCAAGUCUGAAGCCAAUGUUUGCCCUUACCUAUUCCUUCUUAUUUAGCAGGCACUGAGGAAGUGAAUCAGUAUGUAUGAAUGGGAUGCAGUAAUUUCCAAAAAGUCUGAAAUAAGAGCAUUGGAAACUAUAGCUUGACCUUCAAGAACACUUUCCAUUUUGAUUCCUUGCCCCCUACUCCUUGAAUGCCCUUUGUAUCUGUAACAGAACCUGUUUAGAUUGCAGGAAGUUCUAGGGUCACUUCUAAGGUGUGGUCUCCCAGUACAUGUGGGAUUUUAGCCGGGCUUGUUGGACUCACCAUUGACCUACAUGACUGACAGGGUAAACCAUGUGUUCGAAAACCUAUCUGAUAGUGUUUUGCAUGUGUAGUGAUUUUUAAGAAAGUUACUCUGUCACGAUGUUCUAAUUGAAUGAUCGUCUGAUAAGUUUCCAGAGAACCUGUGGGGUUUCUCAGCACGCAGUUUGAAAACUAGUCUGAAAGUUGAUUAUUAUUUUUUUAAGAGGAGGGAAAUAUUUAAAGAGGAGCUUUUGUUAUUUGAAUUAAAAACUGUUACAUGACAGCCAGGACAAAGAUCAUGCAUAACGAAGCUGGAUUGUAUGGAUGGUAAAUUCAGCUUCUGUACCAGCUAUUAUCUUAAAGAUGUGUGCUAUUCAAUUCAUUGUAAAAAUGCUAGCGACAUUUAUUUUUGAGAUGCAAAGUAGAUGGGAAAAGCAUUUGCUAUGGAGCAGUUUUAUUGCCACUAUUCAACAAAGGGCAAAGACCUAUAAGAACAGUUCUGUAGAAAAGCUUUGCUUCUGGUUUAAGAGUUAAAAGGGCAAAAUAUUGAUGUUUCCCUUAUUCUGAACGAUUUCCACAGCUUAAAAACUCCUGGAGAGAGAAAAAGCAUAAAACUGACAUUUAAAGAAGUAAGAUGAUUUACACUAUGUCCAAAACUUUGGGUUAGGAAACAGUUUUAAUUUAUUUAUUUUUUAAGUAACUUGUCUGUUAAAAAGUGUUUUCCUUUUGAUGCUGUUUCCCAAUUGGAUAGACUCCUUCAGCGUUUCUAGGUUAAAAAUAUUUGCAUUUUUGGUUUUGUUUUAAUAAGGAUCUGUAGAGAAGCUUUUUUGUUCUUUGUAGCUAGCUGGUUUUUUAUAUCGAUCAGAAUGCUUUCACAUUUGAUUCUGAUCUCAGACCUACAUGAAUAGAAGCAGCGAUGUUGAGAGAAAAUGACAGGCUACAAAAUGUAGUCAAUUUUCUUUCUUUUAAAUGAGUCCUAAUCUUCUCUUACACUCUGCUCCUGGGAAAUGCGCAUUUGACAAAAAGGAUUUUUAAAGGGAAUUUUGGUUUUUGAUUUUGAUUUUUUUAUUAUUAAAAAAAGAUAGUAAAUGAGUAAUAUAUAUAUAUAUGGGGGGAAUUAUUUUAUCUGUGACUGUCUUUUCCAUUGGUUUACAGCUGGUGAGUUGGGUUGCAGCCUCACCUAAGUGGGUCACAGCAGAAGCACUACUGCUAUACAGUUGUAUGUUAUAUACAGUUAUAUGGUUUUAAAAAAGAAAGAAAGGAAAGAAAUGGGUCCCCAAAUUAAUGUUAGGGCUAAAGGUGGGUUGUGGGUCUGAAAAGAUUGGAAAUCACUUGUCAGGCAAGUGUUGAUUUCAUUGAUUCAUGAGCAUUCAUGUGUGAACUUGCCCUCAGAAGGUUGACCACUUAAAGCAGAGCUUUCCAAACUGUGUGUCGCGACAUGUUAGAGUGUCGGCUGCAAUGUGUUGGUGUGUAUCGCACAAACGCUCCCCACGCUUCUCCUGGGGCUAGAAAGGGGUUAGUUUAACCUCCAGUUUGCUAGUAAAACUGAAUUACUGUGUUGCGCAAUGAUGCAAAACUGAAUUACUGUGUCGCGAAAUGAUGCAUGUCUAAAAAGCGUGUCACCAACAUGAAAAGUUGGUAAAGCUCUGACUUAAAGAGUAUUUUCAUGUCACAUAAUGGACUUGAAUGUAUGAGGACAUAAUAGGCCACCCCUUAGUUUAACUCCUUAAUCCUCAUCUUUCCCUACAUGAACCAUGCAAAUGUAACUUCAGGGGCACACAUUUCCCCCCUGCUUACAUAUUUCUGUGGUCUGACACUGUAACAACAAAAACAACUUGUUAGUCGCUUGUCACCCAAAGGUUUCCAAGCAACUUACCUCAAAGAAAAAUAUACAAUAUAUAAUAGCAGAGGGGAAAGGGGGGGAUUCAUAUAACACAUUAAUAUUUCAAAAAACAUAACAUCAGUGGAAAAACAACAACAACAAAACAUACCAGCCAUAUAAAUAGAUGGUAAAGUCCUUUGUCCUGCCCUGUAAAUUCCUGUGUAAGCUAAUGAUGCUAUGGAAAUAAAACCAAAGAGGAAGGUUAUAUUCAAAAAUAUUUCAUUGUGUCGUAUUUUUAUAAAGGUCAUUCAUAUUUUUGUACAGGUCACUUGAAAGUGUUGUGAUUUGAAACAAUGGAUGAGCAAUCUCAAGGCAUGCCAGGCCCUCCUGUUCCUCAAUUUCAGCCACAGGUAGGACAUUGCAUUAGUUGCUCAGACUAGGUAGGAAGGGGUACAUUAAUUCAGAAUUUAAAAGCCCAGAGAACUUACUCUGACUUACAUUUUGCCGAUGUUAUUCUGUUCAUUUCCAUUACAUACUGUAGCCCUAGAAUGGUGCUAUGGAUUUUUUUUCUUUCCUUUUUUUUUUUUUUACUGUUGCAACUUGGACUCCAGUUUGUUUGUUUGUUUGUAACUAUACUAUGUUUAAGGUGAAUCACAAAUCAGUUCUUGUAGAAACACUAACGCAAUAAGCACUAGUCUAGCUUCAACAACAAUAGAAAAACCUUUUUCAAAACUACAUUUCUCCUCUUUACCCUGAAGGUAAGCUGGAUUUUGAAAAGCCCUGUGGUGGCAGUUGUUGUAAAGGUAAAGGUAAAGGGACCCCUGACCAUUAGGUCCAGUCGUGACCGACUCUGGGGUUGUGGCGCUCAUCUCGCUUUAUUGGCCGAGGGAGCCGACGUUUGUCCGCAGACAGCUUCCGGGUCAUGUGGCCAGCAUGACUAAGCCACUUCUGGUGAACCAGAGCAGCGCACGGAAACGCCGUUUACCUUCCCGCUGGAGCGGUACCUAUUUAUCUACUUGCACUUUGAUGUGCUUUUGAACUGCUAGGUUGGCAGGAGCAGGGACUGAGCAACGGGAGCUCACCCCGUCGCGGGGAUUCGAACCGCCAACCUUCUGAUUGGCAAGUCCUAGGCUCUGUGGUUUAACCCACAGCGCCACUCACGUCCCCACCCAGUUGUUGAGGGACGACCAAUUUAUCUCAGAUGGAAGUCAUGAAGCUAGAGCUCCUCUCUGUGAUGCUCUGUCUUGUCCCCUCAGGGCAAUAUGGUUCUUGGGUAACCCUUUGGUGGUGACUGAAAUUGGUAGAGAGGCCACCAGUAGGAGCUUUAGGAGUUAGUUGGUGGACAGCUCUGUAAGAACAUCCCUUAAAAUUCGAAGCGCAGAUGUGCCAGUACAACUCAAAUUUCUGUAUCAUAUAAUCUUUUUGUGUAGCUCCAUGGGAAUGCUAAUAUCAAAUAGUGACCUGAGAGAGAAUGCAGUUUGCUAAAUCAUAAUUGCGUCAGUGCAAAUUAUGUAUUCAGAAGUAAACGAAGAAACAGUAGCAGAACAAAGUUUCUUCUUGGAUUUCGAAAAGCAUACCAAGAAUGAGUUUGUGUAACCCUGUUUUUCAGCGGAGUGUCGGGACAGCAGCGAAAAACAGUCUAAUUAAAAGGAUGAAAUGUUUUUCUGAUACAUAACAAGUUUUAAGUUACAAACGGGGAGUGGGAAAGUUGUUAACAUUCACAGAUUUCAGCACAGCUGUUGCUUUGGAAUUUGAGCCUAUUUACACCUCAGGUGGUAGUCAUGUUCCGCUGCUAUACACCAGUGGUUUGUCGCCCAUACACUAAAAAGUGUGAUGGGGAGAUGUAUGCUUUCAAAGAUGAUGUGCACUUUUUUUUGGCCAGUCAUGACUGUCUGAUGUACGUCCACACACUGUGUUUGUAUGUGCACAUCUUCACUUUGAGGAUACCAAAAUACCAGUUGAAGGUACUGUCAUAACCAGGAUUUCUAAACACCCUUGUUUCUAGACCUGGUUACAAGGGAACCCACCCAGGCUAGCAUUAACCAUAAUUCACAUUGGUGUAGGUGUCCAAUCCUGAAAUAAUUUGAACACUGAAAUUAAUAGCUUUGUGAGUAGGUGAAUGCUUUUAGUUUUGAACUGCUUUAGAAGUUUUAACUGCAUUAUUUUUGCAUGGACAUGUUGCUGCCCUGGGCUCCUUUGAUGGAAGGUGAGGGAUAUAUGUUUAAUAAACAACAAAAUAAAAUAAAUAAAUAAUCCAAAGCAUGUUCCUGUGACUGCCUUCUGAUUUGCAAACUGCGGUUUGCAAGGAGCCAGCACUGGGUCUGCCCAGAACAUGGGAGAGAAUGGUUAGGGCCCCGAUAAUCUAGCUCAAUAGAUGGAUUAUGUUAUGCCAAAAGCAACACCCCAGCUGAGAUGUAGAAGUUGUUGCCACUCCUUUUCUUUUUAAUGUGCUGGUCUAAGAUGCAGUGUGAUCUUUACCAAAAUGUAUGUAAUAUGUUCUCUGACCAACUGAUGCUCCCAUUAUGCAUGAGUUUAUUGCUUUCCCAAAUUGCAUAGUGGCUGGGAGGGAGGCCCGGGUGAUAGUUGGGAGAUGUGCAGCUAUGUUCCUUCUCAUGUCAGGUCUCCACGUCUAAAUUGUAUGACAAGACAAGGGAGCAGAUGAGACAAGCUGUCAGUCAGCCACACUGCCCUUUGAAGAAAGGCCAUUGGGGCUGGGGAGGCAGGGGGGGAGGUGCUGCAAAUGGGCUGUGAAGUUUACAUACACUGCCCACUGUUAAACAGAUUACCUCUAAUGAAGUGUCUAAUGCUCAGGCCAUAUCAGUCUAAUCCUCGGUGGCAGUUCAUCCCUCAACUGCCAAAAAAACACCGCCCUCUGGCCCGCUCUCGCCACUCUGGCCGCCAAACACAGGGAGGUGCCCAGUCUUAAUAAAGCCAGACAGUGUGUGAUCUGACAUGCAAAUGUAGGUCAUUGCAUAUGUAAAUGUGUGAUUACAAACCUGCAUGCCAAAACACAUUAGUGAGACUUUGCUCUCAGCAUGCGGUUGUCACACUGCCUUAGUAGUUCACGCUAAUGUUUGUCAAGUUACUGCGCAGACAGAGGAUGCAAUUCCCAAUUCAAAUUUUGAAAUAUAUGCUGGUUAAACAACCACAAACCCCGUAGCUUAAUGAAGCCACUUCCUGGUUCUCUGCAACGUGAACAUUUGAAUAAUAAGAGAGAACUCCACCAAGUUUCUCUGUUUUUACUCUAAAUGCUGCAGAUAACCUCAUUAAAUCUGCAUAGGCUUCACUUUGAAUAUACAUAGCUGAAUUGCUGCAAUACCAUCACUAUCGAAGCAGCAACGUAUUUGGAUGUAGGUGCUUCUAAGGAACAAUAAUUUAUUUUUGAUUGUGUAACUGAGCAUCGGGGAGGCAAAAGCCCUAGAAUCAUUUCUAACACCCGCUGCAGUUCAAAGAAGACUAAUUGAGUACUUGCAGCAUUUAGAAUUGCUGCUGUUUUUGCUUUUAAAUUGAAAUGCAAGGGCACAAAAUGACAAAAUUGUUGCCGUCCUUCAUUUUGUUACUGUUUUUGUUUGGAUGCUGCAUGUCACAAGAGUAUGCAAAACUUUGAAAUAUAAAAUGCUUGGGAUACAGAACAGAGAACAACCUGGAGUAUCACCGACUCUCGGUUUUCUCUCUUACAAUCUUUGCUGUCUCCUCCAAAAACAGGAGAAGCCAGUUACAGGUAUAUAUUCUACAUCAAAUGGAGCAUAUCCAACUUCAGAAUACAAACAGUUAAAUAUAAUCAAGAACUGUGGAUCUUAGAACUCUGCAUUUCUGCAUCAAUUUCCAGAUCUCUAAGGCAAUCUGUUAACGGUUGCUCAGUUUCCAUAUCUCAGUAGCAGAUAAAGCAUUGGUCACAGAUAACAUUGCAGGUGCAUGCCUUCAAUGCAGACAGAACUUGCUCUGAUUCCAGGCCAGUACUAAUCCAUCUUCUUCAACUACAAUUUUCAGAAGUAAUUUGGCCUGGGUUUCCCAUCCUUUUCUCCUCAUCUGUACUGGACACUAGGAAGUUUUCUCAUACCUCUUGGCUAGAAUGUCCACUUACGCCUAGGAACUAUGUAGACACUGUUAAAUUGGCUGACACUCAGAAGCACAUACAUGAUCAUGUUUCUCUUGAAAAUCCACAACUAUACAUGUAUAUUUUAACAAUAUGAGGACUAGACCUGAAUCCUUAAAAGGAAUACUUACGAUAUCAGGUGAAAUGGGAACAAACAGUGUUAUUGAUCACAACUUAUCACCCUAGUCUGACUUGUCAGAGGACUUGUCGACAGUAGGGGAAGGACUGUAGGUCUAAGUGCCACUGACAGGAACUCUUAUCUGCAAUCCUAUGCCCACUUACCUGGAGAUAGGCCCCACUGAACUCACUGGGAUGUAUAUCUAAGUAAGCAUGUAUAGGGUUGGAUGUAAUUUUCAUUUAUUUUUGUCAAUUGCAUUUGUGUAUAAAUAUUAAUAUUCAUUUAUAUUCCUUUUUACAAAAAGUACACAAGGUACCUUUACAUAAAACCUAAUUAGAAUGUGACCCAGAAAGUAAACAAUAGAAACAACAGUUUAAUAUGAAGGCAGAUAAAACCAUGAUUUUAAAAAGCCCCACAAAUAAAACUGUCCUCAGUCCUCACCUGGGAACAGUAUCAAUCUCUCUUGACAGACUGAAAAGGCCUUCUUCUGAGUGCACCUACCUAAUCUUGAAGGUAUUGGUUAGGAACAUUUUGGGAGGAUUGGAACCUAAAACCAUUUAAGGGUUUGAAGUUCAAAGUCAGGACCUUGGGUUGAAUCUAGAAGAAAACUGCCAACCAGUGACAGUGCAGUGUUGACACACAAACACUUGGUGAUGUGGUGGAGCUAGGAAAGGGUUAGUUCUCAGUUUUCAAACCCAGUAACUUAGAAUCCAUUCCAAACUGGAUGCAUACUGACUUUCCAGGGUUAGGAACCUAGGCAGUUCCAAAGCAAACAUAAGGAAACUCAGAACAAAUACACCCAUAUAGUUUUUCGAACACUGUGACUGAGUACUGCUUAUUUCUGCCAGUGCACACAUACUUGCCUUUUUAAAGCCUCUGUACUUUGUGCAGCCAAUCUCACAUUCAUGUUCUUAAAGCUAAUGGUAUAAGCAACUGGCUGUUGGGAGGGGGGAAAGUAUGAUUGCACAUACUCCUCCAGUAUGUAAAGUAUACCUUAUGUUUUCUUGUAUCCUUGACUGCAGAAAGCCUUACGACCCGACAUGGGCUACAAUACUUUAGCAAACUUCCGAAUAGAAAAGAAGAUUGGCCGUGGACAGUUUAGUGAAGUUUACAGAGCCACAUGUUUGUUGGACGGUGUGCCAGUAGCUUUAAAAAAAGUGCAGGUAAGGAUGUCUUGAGCAAUGCAAUGAGAAACUUGGCUACUGCUUUUGGUAAGGUUGCUUAAUGUCGUUUUAUAUAUAAGUCAAUAGGUAACCAUUGUUUUAGAACCUUUGUGGGGUUUUUUACUUUAUUUUUGCAUUUUUCAUUUCACAAACCAUAACAAAAAAGAAACAAAAUACAGACAUCAUAUCCCCUUUGACUUCUCUGCCCCCCUUUUGUGGAUCCUUAUAUUUUCAUUUUCAUUCUGCCUCUUAUCACUAAGUCCACUGCUGAUUCUAAAACAAUUGGAGUUAGCAUUGUUUUAGAACCUUUCUAAUUGUUGAAAUACCAUUUUAUAAAAACAAUAAUCAUAAUUGUUUAUUUUUAUACUACUUUUCCACAGUACACUAUGCUCAAAGCAGAUCACAACAUCAAAAUGAUUACAUAAUUCACAAGUCAUAACAAAAUAUAAAUAAUCACAUAAGAAAUUGGUUACUCUCAUAUUAAUAAAAGUACAAUAAAAUUGUACAAUUCACUGAUAACAAUUCUUAAUAAGAUCUAUCAAUAAAAAUACAAGAACAUAACUUACGCAUCUGCAAAACUAAAUUUUGACUCCGAGCAACAGCAACAACCCCCACUCUGAUGCUCUCUAGGUAGCAGCAACUUUCAUAGCUGGAGUCAUUCUGUGUCCUGUGCUCUCAGGCCAGGUGAAGAUGGUCCAAACUGAGGACAGGGACCAGUUCACACAGGACUUUCAUCCACCAUCCACUACCCAGAGAUCUACCCAGGCAGCAAAGUCUCUUACUUCCAAGCCUUUGGCUGAUGGUACCUGUACCUAACAUUCACCAGCCACAACUUUUGUGGCAGUUCUUGCCUUGAAGAAGCCUAGCAUCAGCAUGUGGCACCUGCAGGCAACUGUGGUAUCAGGAUUCUGUCAGGGCUUAUUGCUGCACUGACACCUGUCCUGAGGCUGCUGAGGCACCAUUUAAAUUUUCCACAAUGGCCCCCGGGUCACCCCAGGGCAUUGUGGGAAAUAUAAAUGGUGACUCUAGGCCGCCUAGCAUGGAUUGCUGCACUGCGGCUGCUGUCUUCACCAGAUAUCCUUCAAAGAUAUCCUUCGAAACCUGCAGCCAAGUCCUGAGUAGGAAUAGGUGGCUAUGAUGCUAUGCAAUGGGUAAAUGGAAGAAAGAUCUAACAUUUUUGUAACAGACAUAGGAUUCAAAAUAUCUUGGCUCUCUGAUUAUUGUGCAAUGAACUUUAGACAUCAAAAAAUGUUUCAGACGAGCCUUUAAAAAAAAUAGGAUGACAAGGCUGGCUGUACUGCUUCUGCCGCUGCCACCUAAGGAUUUAUGAAUGCUUUUCUAACCCUGAAUACAAUAGCACCACCUCUGUCCUCUUCAUGUGGCAUUGUGAAGCUGUAAGUUUAAGGUGCCAGGUUUUAAGGGCUGUGCAUGUGUUCCCUUCUCUUCCCUGCCUCUAACUGCAGUCUCUGUGUGCUGUUUUUAAAAGAAUGAGCUUCAUUCCAGAGCAGAAGAUUUUGAACUGCUAGCUUGUAUUAGCGAAAUGCAUUAAAAAGAAGUACAAAUGUUAAAGAGAUGCAUUCAAAAGAGAUGUGCAACUUUUUUUAAAAGUAAAGCCAGUCCAUUGACUCUCGUCAGAAACCCUACUGUGCCAAAUGUUAGUACCAAGGCCAUUAAAACAUAAGAGGCUCUUCUUUGCGGAGUAUUAUCUAUGCACAGUCUACAGUAUGGGACCUUCUUGAACAGAUUUCCCAGUCUGAUUGCCCCCAGAUGGUUAGAACUGCAAUCCCCACUAUUGGCCAUGCUAGCUGUGGUUGAUGUAAGUUGUACUGCAGGACACCUGAAGUUUACUAGGUUGGGCAAGGCUGUUCUAGAGCAAUAAGUUUCUUCACUUGAAUGGGAGACAUUGACCUUACUUGAGCGUAAGAAGGGCUAGCAAGCCCCUUCCUGCUCUCUCCAAACUUGCCGUGAGUGCAGCAAUGAAGGGGAUCUCUCUUGUCUGUGUUGUUGCAAGGUCUCCUUGCAAGGUUUUCCUUGUUAGAUUGGAUUGUUUUCCUUAAUGUUGUUAAAGUAUUGCAAGUAUUGCUUCAUUUUUUUCUGUGGGUUAUUUCUCUCUCCCAAGUCCUAUGCACUGUGUUACAAUGAGUAACUUUUGAAAAGUGCCUUCACAACAGUGGAAAGUCCCGACUCGUUAUCUGUAUUAGUGAGUCAUUUCCUAGUCCUUCUGCUGUCCUGUGCAAAUCCACCCUGUUACAAGGCACCCGGGGCUAGCUUGUGAUGCUUGCUCCCAUACUGCCGUAUAUCUUAAUGAAAUUUGGGUGGAGUGGCUCUUGCACCCCAUCCUAAAUACUUUACAGGGCCAAUUAUGAUUAGGAUUAAAUGCUGUCUUUUAUUUAACAACGACAUUUCAAAAUUUACAUUGCAUUAUAUUACUUGCUAGCAUGCUUUCUGCCUGGAAGUCCGUGGGGCAUUAAAGUAAUUCGGAUUCCUAAACUUUUUUUGGCCAUGUUAAUGUUUCAAAGCGCCCAUCUUUUAAAAAGUUACCUAGCAGAAUAUAAGCUCUUUUGUUAUAUGGAAAUGCCAGAGGGUGCGAGGGUCAGCAGAGAAGGAAGCAGGAUAGUGUUAAAUUGCAGCAUAAAUGUCAAAAGAAGUGUAUCUAAAUGAAGACUGUAGUUUGUGUGUGUGUUUGUUACUGUACUAUUUUUAAACUUGAGAAUUUAAUAGGUUUUUGAAUUGCCCAGCAACAGUAACUAUUUUGUUGUUGUUGUUAUUUUAAGAAUGCAUGCAAUUAUGGAACUUCUGGCUAGCCUGGUCUACAUGGGAGUUAGGGUGAAAUGUUUUGCUAGAAUUCUUUCCAGAAGCUCCAUUGCAUUUUGUGCCCUAAGUAGUUCCAUGCAUUUCCCCUUUCAUUUCAACUCUUAAUACCUUGUGUUAGAAGAUCAUAAAAGGAUUCUUUUUAUCUGGCACAUGGAUUAAUUAUUCAUUGUGCGUUGUCAGCGAAUUGCUUCUUCAGGAUUAAAUUAGAACUAAUUAAUCUUAAGGAAGAAAGUUCUAUUUUAUGCUAUAAAAAAACUAUGGCCAUUUUACUUUCCUGGUUGGUAAUCAUUUUAUUGCUUUUGCAUUUGUAGGGAAUUCUAUUUGUUUGUUUUGCCAAAGCUCUUUAUGGUUCUGCAGGUUGUGGUUUAUUAAAUACGCUAUAUUGAAAACAUUUAGUUCUACGAUUCAAAAGAGACUACUUUUUCAAAGAUCGGAGUGCUGUUCAUACAUUCUGAAUAAAAAAGUCUAUUUGCUCUCUGAGAUCAAACACCAAUGGUCUUAAGAGCAGUAUUACAUUUUGCAGGGGGAAAAGCUUGUAGCUGGAGUGUUUCAAAAGAAGCAUCCUUUUGAAUUAACUGACUUAUUUUAUAGACUUCAAAAGUCUAGUUGUUGGACUGAGAGAAAUAAAUGCCGAAUAAAUUCAGAAAUGAGAAUUUAAUGGGGGGAGACUUACUUUUUUAAGAGGGCUAGUCCAUCUUUCUGCUCCCUUCUGCUUGGUUCUUCAUCUUAAUCCCAUUACUGCUCCCAGCUUUAGCACCACCUCUAAGGAUCAUCACCCCAUCUGCAACAUGUAAAUGGCCACCUCACCAUGCUGAUUUUUUGCCUUUGGCUUAAGGCCCCAUGAAAAAACAAAAACAAAACAUGAACCCAUCUUCUAAUUCCCUGUUUGCGUCUCCCUCUGAGGCUUUUUGGUGUCCUCUUCAGCAACUUUCUAUGCUCCUUUAAUAUAUCUCUUCUAUCUCUAUCCCAUUGCCACAAUUUCUUCACAUUUUCCAGAUAGAAAGCUGUGCUGCGUUUGCCAAUUAACUGCUGGUGCAGUAGAUAGAUGCACAUGAAUUCAAUGGAUUAGGUCUGACUUGAUGGCUGGCUGUGUAAUGAACAAGUCCCAAAACUUGAAGAUGUGUCUGGGUUCCUUGGAUGUGCUAGACUGGAGCAUGGCUGGGAAACCUGUGGCCCUCCAGAUGUUUCUGGAUUACAGCUCCCUUCAGCCCCAGAGAACAUGACCAGUAAUGACUGGCAAACAUGUUCCUGGUUUAAGAAAGAUCUUUUGUUUCUCUUUUUAUAAGUUCUAUGUGUAGCAGCGGGGUAUGUGGGGAGGAUUUGGGAAGUUCUGAAAGCCUUCUUCGCAUUGGGCUGUAGCUCCUAAGAGGUUUGUUUGGUGCCAGUGUUGAUGUCAUUUUGGUGCUGGAUAAAGAGCAGGAUUUUUAGCUUUUUAAACAUUUUACAAAGUUUAGACCAUGUUUAGCUUUACAGUCUACAAAAGAUUUAAAUAUUCCAAUCCAGAAAACUGCACUUGUCAUUCAGAUUCCCUACAUUCUGCAGACCCAUACCUAAUCUCCUCCAUGCCUCCAUGGAAAACCAUACCCUUUUCCAGUCUAGCAAGAUGUCCACAUUCCUCAGGCUUUACCCUGGUCUCACACUGAAAAUACUUCUUUUGUGCAAAUCAAUUCAUUCCUCUGUAUAAGCCAGGCUUCCUCAACCUCAGCCCUCCAGAUGUUUUUGGCCUACAACUCCCAUGAUUCAUAGCUAGCAGGACCACUGUUCAGGGAAGAUGGGAAUUGUAGUCUCAAAACAUCUGGAGGGCCGAGGUUGAGGGAGCCUGGUAUAAGCCUUCCUCUUUUGUGAGGAAAAUCUUUGUCUGUUUUUCUAUCCAGGAAAAAUACUAGAUUUCCCUCCCUAAAUCAUAUUUUUUUAAAAAUGAAAAUAAAUGAAAAACACUUUUUUAAAAGUCCCAUGUAGCUAUGGAAGAUUUCUGAAACCCUUUCACCCCAAGUUUUUUUUUUAAUGAACCUUUGGGGGCUCUAACACUUUGUAGUUAGAGUGGGAAAUUGAUUUCAAGGUUCUUUUAGAAGUAUUUGUCGGUAAGCUUUAAGCAUCGUGUAGUAUAUGCAAGUACAUGGACUUCUGAACAGAAUAGUAAGAUUGCCUUAAUUUUUUGUUAGGUGUUUUCAAAUCAUUUAAUAGUUUAUUGGACAGUUGUUUUCAGCUAAUAAAAAUGACAAAGAUUGGGUAUUAGCUUAGUCAUUACAAAUGUCCUUGAAAUGAUUUAGUCUUAGAGUUUUGUUGGAUGCAGAGGCUAUGAUAUUUGCAGUUUUUUCCUGCAAUGUACAGGUAACAAAGAAAUGUUAAACUUGUAAUUCAUCAGUGUUUGUAUAUUGAUAACACAUUGUCUUGAGAAAUGUAAAAUGUAAAAACAUCCUUGUUGUUCCCUCUUGUUAGUACAUGGCUAUUUGGUCAUGUCUGGAUGAUAUCAGCAUAAUCAACUGAGAUAUGAACGACCCUUGUACCCUGCAUAUAGCCUUUUUGCUUCUUCGUUUGGGUGAGCAAGCAAACAAGCCAGGAAAUAUUCAGUUAACUAUUGUUAACCUUACUUUCCCAAAUUGUCUAUAAUAGAAAAUGAAUUUGGAACAUGUCAGGAUGUGAAACCAUGGUUUGAAUCUGGCUGAUAUCCUGGGAUUAUUCCAAAGCCAUUAACCAUGGUUUCCCAAUUUGGAUGCAAUGGGAAAUUGUAGGUAACCGAAUAUUUCCUGCCUUGUUUGAUUCAUGUGAAAGAAGGAGUGAUGUGGCUGCAUGUGGACUGCAAAGAGGUUUGUUCAUAUGCUAUCUUAUUAAGUCAUGAUAUGUAUGUCUGCAGCUUUAGGGAAACAUUAAGUGUGCACGUUAAGUGGAAUAUACAGUGGUACCUCGGGUUACAUACACUUCAGGUUACAGGCGCUUCAGGUUACAGACUCCGCUAACCCAGAAAUAUUACCUCGGGUUAAGAACUGCUUCAGGAUGAGAACAGAAAUUGUGCAGCGGCGGCGCAGCGGGAGGCCCCAUUAGCUAAAGUGGUGCUUCAGGUUAAGAACAGUUUCAGGUUAAGAACAGACCUCAAGAACGAAUUAAGUUCUUAACCCGAGGUACCACUGUACAAGUUUGUUUUAAGGGUACUAAUGAUUACAAAACCUCAUGUGGAAGAAAAAAUCAGGUAUUGAGUAGUACAACUUCCAGUUUAAGGCUAUUUAAUGUCACCACCCCACCAAUGUUAUUGUCUUCCUUUGAGGGAAAAGUAAAUUGUUCUGUAUAAAUAAACAACAAAUAUCUUCCAUUAGCAUGGAAGUUCCUUUGCUUCUAGUUGUUGAUUAGCCAACGAGAAUGGAUGUAUUUGUCAUAAAUUUGCUAGGCUGCGAUAGUUGGGGAUUGUUCAGGGGAAAUGGGGAACCCGACCUUAUUAAUACUGUGUUAAUGGGCUCUUCCAUAGUAAAACACAAACAAAGACCAACUCUUAAAUAGUACUCUGGGCUUCUGGAAUUCUCCCUAAGGCAAUCAAUUUAAUCAGUACCAGGUGCUGUGUGUUGCUUGGACAAACUUGAAAGAAUAUCCUUUAUAAAAUAACUUCUUAUUCCCCCCCACACACUAUGUAAACAUUUUAGUACUGUUCCUUCUCCUGCCCUUAAGACUAUAUAACCAUUUCUUACUGGGGAAAGAUUUGGUAAAGAUCAUGUCCAUCACAAAACUUAAAUCUAACAAGAAAAAACGAUUGCAAGAGAAGUGUGGACUUGACUUUGGAAUGGAUCAGUCUCACAUAGUAUCUUUAGGCCACGGGGACAUAAUUUCAGAUUCUCUUGAAAAAAUAGUGUUACACAACAAUGUAUGUAAGCUGUGGUAAACAGCAUCCCUUGAUGACUCUGUUUUGGGGUAAUUUUCCGUUUUCUGCUUUAUAGUAGCAACACCCCCCCCCCCCAUUUUAGAUAUCAAAUUGUUUUAUGUGCCCUAUGGGAACAUAGUUGCUCACUUUGCUAAUGGUGUGUUGUUCAAAAUAUUAAAUUUGUCACAGUGUAGUUACAGUUCAGUGAAGCUUUUAUUUGUGUAGUACAGCUUGUCCACACACAGAGAGGGGGAUUUUCACUUUUCCCUCUGAAACAGCAACUCCACUCCUCUGUACUGAAAACUUCUUUUGAAUCCCCUAUGAACUUAUAGGGACCCCUGACCAUUACGUCCAGUCGUGAACGACUCUGGGGUUGCAGCGCUCAUCUCGCUUUACUGGCCGAGGGAGCUGGUGUUUGUCCGCAGACAGUUUUUCCGGGUCAUGUGGCCAGCAUGACUAAGCCGCUUCUGGCGAACUUAAAAUGAACUAUAUUAUGUAACUUGAGAGGAGAGGAGAUAAAAGCCCUACUGAAUUGGUGAGUUAGCUUUACGCUUCUCUGAAUUGUGGCCAUAGUCUCUUCAACACUCGUUACCAAGUACAGUGGUGCCUCGCAAGACGAAAUUAAUCCGUUCCGCGAGUGUCUUCGUCUAGCGGUUUUUUCGUCUUGCGAAGCAACCCUAUUAGCGGCUUAGCGGCUUAGCUGCUAAAAGGCUAUUAGCGGCUUAGCGGCUUAGAAAAAGGGGGGGGGAGCGAAAAAAAAUCUCAAGACUCGCAAGACUUUUUCGUCUAGCGAAGCAAGCCCAUAGGGAAAUUCGUCCUGCGAAGCAACUCAAAAACGGAAAAACCUUUCGUCUAGCGGGUUUUCCGUCUUGCGAGGCAUUCGUCUUGCGGAGCACCACUGUAAUAGUAUCUUCAUGACACCAUCAAGCUCUCUUCAGAACUAUUCACUUUUCAGAAACAAAUGUUUCCUUGUGGUGAUAUUUCAUAAAGGGGGCUAUGUUCUCCUGCUGGCUCCAACAAAUUGCAUGUACGAAUUGGAGCUUGAGUGAUGUUGACUGCGGGCACAAUCCAGAGCUGUUGAAAUCAUUGGAGGAAAGUAUACAGUGGGUUGCAUCCAGUACAAUUGCUUUGUGGACAGAAGGAGAGUUUUGCUCAUGGAAGGGCCCUGCGAGUGCUAGCCAUGAGUAGCAGUCUGAGACAGGACCCAGAAGCUGUUGGACAAGUUAAAAGUCAGGACUGAAGAGCAAGUCUAGAAGAGCACAAAUGAAGAGCAAGCAUACAGGAACAUGCCAGAGCUUAGGAAGACCGUGUUGCUCAAUCAAGGCUCAGCAGGAACAGGAAGCCCUGUUUGUUUGUUCCUGCCCAGAAAGAUCCAAUGGCGUAUCUCGGAGGGUGGAGUCAUUCUACCAUGUGUAAUUUAGUGGUUCACCACAUAGAUGAGUGUCACACAGAUCCAGCAGCUCCUGACAAUACCGUAUUUUUCGCACCAUAGGACGCACUUUUUCCCUCCUAAAAAGCAAGGGAAAAUGUGUGUGCGUCCUAUGGAGCGAAUGCAGGGGGGAGGCAGGCGGGAAAAGCCCUCAAGAGCCGCACACAAGCUUCGUGCGCUCUUGCGGGCUUUUCUCCAGGAGGGAGAAGGGACUGACUGACCGUAUCAGUCCCUUCUCCCUCCUGGGGGAAAAGCCCCCAAGAGCGGUGCCCUCUUUAAAGGCUGUGUGGCUCCUGCAGGCUUUUCUACGAGGUGGGGGAAUCCCCCCCACCUCCCAGAAAAGCCAGGAGAAGCCGCGCAGCCCCUUUAAAGAGCGUGCGGCUUCUGCGGGAGGUGGGGGAAGCUGCAACAGAUUCCCUCCUCCCGGGCUCCCUUUGAAGCGGCAAUGUGGGAGGGAAGCAGCUUACACUCGUGUAAGCUGCUCCUCUCCCACUUUCCUGCUUUAAAGCAACUACGGAGGAGGGAAGGAAGGGGACCAGGGAUCCUCCGCUGCUCACGGCUGCAGCGGAUUCCCUCCUCCGUGAUUGCUUUGAAGCGGCAAUGUGGGAGGGGAGCAGCUUACACUCGUGUAAGCAGCUCCUCUCCCACUUUCCUCCUUCAAAGCAACUAGGGAGGAGGGAAGGAAGGGGACCAUGCAUCCUCUGCUGGCGAAUGCAGCAGAUUCCCUUCUCCCGGGCUCCCUUUGAAGCAGCAAAGUGGGAGGGGAGCAGCUUACACUUGUGUAAGCAGCUCCUCUCCUACUUUCCUGCUUCAAAGCAAUCACGGAGGAGGGAAGGAAAGGGACCAUGGAUCCUCCACUGCUUGCGGCUGCAGCGGAUUCCCUCCUCCUGGGCUCCCUUUGAAGCAGCAAAGUGGGAGGGGAGCAGCUUACACUCGUGUAAGCAGCUCCUCUCCCACUUUCCUGCUUCAAAGCAACCAGGAGGAGGGAAGGAAGGGGAUCCAUGCAGCGGAUUCCCUCCUCCUGGGCUCCCUUUGAAGCAGCAAAGUGGGAGGGGAGCAGCUUACACUCAUGUAAGCAGCUCCUCUCCCACUUUCCUGCUUCAAAGUGGAGGGAAUCCACUGCAGUUGCGAGCAGAGGAUCCAUGGCUCCGCUUCCUUCCCUCGAAGCAGGGUGCAGGGGGAAAGACGGCAGGAAAUAGAUGCCGGGCAGGAAGACACAACCACACUUUGACCACUGAAAGUCCACCUCAGCCUCCCCAGAUUUCCACUGAGACGGCCAGGCUAAUCUUGAUGGCCAUAAGUCAGGCUCAGCAUUAUUAACUGGACUUAGAUAAGCCAUGGUUCCCCUUCCUACCCUCCUCUGAGGCUCAGUUUAAAGCAGCAAAGUGGACAGCAGCCGCCCACUUUGCUGCUUUAAAUAGUUUAGUGCAACAUUUGAUUCAGAAUAUUUUUUUCCGUAUUUUCCUCCUCUAAAAACUAGGUGCGCCCUAUGGUCAGGUGCGCCCUAUGGAGCGAAAAAUACGGUAAUUGUUGAUGUUGUGGUGGUGGUUGUUAAUUAAAUUUGUAUACCACCCUUCAUGUGAAGAUCUCAGAGCAUAAAACUCUUUUAGUUCACGGAACAACUGUAUUGGGUUGACAUAAAUGCCUUCAGUACACCUCCUUUCCAUCAUUCUAGGCAACUAGAGUAAUGCAUAAAACUAUUGCAUAAUAUGGUAGCAUGUUUGUGCAAAGUGUGGCUCUCUGUUACCAACCAGCAGUUGUGUGCAGAGCUAUUUUAUCACAAGAGUGCAGUAUCCAUUAGUGCAGUUCAAGCUUCUAACCCAAUAAUGACCUCCUCAGUAAUCUUGUGAAUUAGCCAAUAACCCAGUAAAACAAGCGCUCGGCUGCUUAAAUACUUGCAGCUGGACAAAUCAUUAUAUGUGUCGUCCAAAUAAUUUCUGCUGUUUCUCUAACAAGGCUCUUAUGAACUUCAGAAGCCAUUGCCAUAGCAUUUGAGUUAGGAGACUUAAGUUACAAAUGUUGACACAAAGGAUACUUUGCUGUCAUUCUUACAUAAGAUAUAGGAUGCAAUAUGCGCAACAUAAGAUCUAGGUGUUAAAACAAAGCACUGUAAGAUGACAAUCGGUGAGUCAGUAUUCCUGAAACAUUGUAAAAUAUUGUAUAUUAAUGCUGCACAUUUUAAGGUAAAUUUCCAUAGCUGCCCAGUUUUACUUAGUCAACUCGCUUAAUUUUUUAGGCUGUACUCCUACAUACUCCUGCCAACCUAGCAGUUUGAAAGCACGUCAAAGUGCAAGCAGAUAAAUAGGUACUGCUCUGGCGGGAAGGUAAACAGUGUUUCCGUGCGCUGCUCUGGUUCGCCAGAAGCCUCUUAGUCAUGCUGGCCACAUGACCCGGAAACUGUACGCCAGCUCCCUCGGCCAAUAAAGCGAGAUGAGCGCCGCAACCCCAGAGUCAGUCACGGCUGGACCUAAUGGUCAGGGGUCCCUUUACCUUUAAACCUUGUUGGAAACAGUGGGGCUGACUUUUGAGAAUUUCACUGUUAGUUAAUCUACUAUUUAUUUGCUUUUCUCCCUUAUGUAGGUCUUUCUUCCUAAUUUAUUCCUGGGUUUGGGAUCAAACUAUACAUUUCACUUCAGGUUUUUUUUUAUUAGAAUAAUUGAGACCUGCCAUGUCUCUUUUUAACAAAAAAACAAUUGGAGGGUGUUGGUGCCAUUUGGGAUCAUGGUGCAGGGUUGAGGUAACCCAUGCCAUUUUCCUGCAAAAAAUAAAUAAAUCCCUGAUGGGUGCUGUUUUCUGCAAAUAGAUGCUUUUGUUGCUGAGUUUAACAUUGGGGACAUUUAGACAUUGUUGCUUACCUCUUAACCUGUCCAGAGUGUCCAGGAAGGGAAGGGGUCUACAAUAACGUAACUUGUCCCCUUCAGUGUGAUACAGCAGGGAUCAGAUGUUGGUGUCUCACAAUGAUGAGUGGUGGGGACAGGGCAAAUAGGAACCUGAAGUACCUGGUGGGUCGAGGUUUUUGUCUGGUAAGUUUUAAAAAAACACGAACAUGCCUGCUGUGUUUUCCCAAAGGCAAUCAGAUUCUUGGAAGCUAAUCACAUGUGCCAAGUCUUGGGAUUUUAAUGCCAAGGUGAUCUAAGCAAGAGAAUGUGUUUUUCAUUCUGGCUCUGAGACUUAUAGCAGCUGAGGGCUGCAACAUUUCUCUUUUGCCAGGCAUGUUCUAAACCCCAAGUCGUAAACUUUUGCUUCUGUGUUUUCCAUCAACACCAGCUUGCUUUUCAAUAUUUAGUCAAAACUGACUAUACAGUGCUAGACCUUCCUUCCCCACUCUAUUAGUCAGAUGCUAUUUUUUUUCGUCAUAACAUUCCAUUCAUGUGACUUAUCUUGCUAUCGUUCUGCUUUGCCACUCAGUCUCCUUCCUGAAUCAUAACUUGCAGCACAGAGAGUUUGCUUUCUAUCAUCUCAGCAUUUGCAAUGCACAGAGGUGUGAGAAUCCUGGGGUGUGUUCCUGCUAAAGUGCGUCUUUCCGCUUCUCUUAGCAAUUUGGCUGGUUAAAAUAUAUUUGUCCUGUGAGAUUACGCAGCAUCCUGAUUCCUUGGUUAACAUCUGUUGCCAAAGCUGUUUGUUUUUGCUUUCCCUGACCGUGUGUAUUCAACAUAGUUAGGGCAUUUAUUUGGAGGACAAAAAUGGGGACAACUAAAAUUACCUUGCUUCUGUAAGAGAACUUCCCCAAAUGAGCACAGAUUUUGGAAGAAAGUCAUAAUGGGAAAAUGAUUGACAGGACCACUGUCCUUGCUACCUUAAUUCUAGUGAGGGCUUCUAAGUGAUGAUGGAAAAGUACAUUGCUGGUUGGGGGUUGCAAAGCUUCUCAGUGCUCUUGUUUUAUACUUCAGAGGCAGCCUUUCAUUUGUUUGUUUAUUUGCUUUCACAAUAUGUGGACACUUCAAAUUGCAGCAAAAAAAGCACACCUGCAAUUUUCAAUCUCAUCAGACAUCCACAUAUCACCAUGUAUCUGACGACACCCAUCAAUCACACUGAAAAACCUUGCCGAAGAAACACUGCUUUGUUUGCCAGGAAGACCCACUGAACAUGAACAUGUUGCCUAAGAGCAGAUUUCCAGGGGGCAUAUGCAACUCUCUUGUGGUGCUGACCUUUAGGGGUUUCUCUCUAGGUCCUGACUCCCUGGAAAGCAGCUGUCGUCACUUAGACAUUAGGGGUCCUCUUAAAUGAGAUAGCAUGUACAGAAAUGCAGCUCCAGAUCUAGACUUGUAUAACUAUCUUGAUUAUCAUCAUCAUGCCAGAUGCGCUUAAAAAAUGAAUGUCACAGUUCAUUUUAUGCCAAUGUUUCUGAAAUGUCAGAUAGCUGAAACACGCUUUUUCUCUGAAUUAAAAUUCAAGGCACACUUUUUGUAUUCCCAAAGGUUUACAUUUAGCGUGUGUAAAUUAUAUUAAAAAAGUAUCCACCCAUGGUGCAGCCUAGUUUCUGUAUGAGUCGCUGAUCUGGGCGUGCCAUGUGAUUGGAAGGAGACGAGUUUAGAGCAAUUGGCUUGUGCAGAAGCACAACAGAAAGCCUCCCCUGAGAACGUGUCGUUCUGCUGCUGCUUCUCUACAUGAACAGUGGUUGAAUGAUGCAAUCACACAUCCACCAUGGAGAUGCUGUAGAAUUAUCCACUCCCCCAGUGUAGGCUGUUUAGAAGAGGCAAAGCUAGAGCACCAUAGCAUUCAGAGAUGCAGCAGGGGGCCUCUUCCGUGUUUAUGUACAAUGGUACCUCAGGUUACAGACGCUUCAGGUUGCAGACUCUGCUAACCCAGAAAUAGUACCUUGGGUUAAGAACUUUGCUUCAGGAUGAGAACAGAAAUUGUGGCGUGGUGGCAGCGGGAGGUCCCAUUAGCUAAAGUGGUACCUCAGGUUAAGAACAGUUUCUUUUUUUUAAUAAAUUUUUUAUUAACAAUUUCAACAUAUAUGUGUGUAUAUAUAGAGAGAGAGAACAGUUUCAGGUUAAGAACGGACCUCCAGAACGGAUUAAGUUCUUAACCCAAGGUACCACUGUACUCUUGUGAAUUGGUACUACUCACAGCAGGUAUCAAUUAUUUAAUUUAAUGCAUAUCUCAUGUCACAUGAGAUUUCUCAUUUAUGCAACAGAUUACUUUUAGGGCACAAAAUGAAAGCAAACAUUGAUGAUAUAUAUCCUGUGAAUUAUUUCUUUUUUCCUUUUUUUUAAACAAGAUAUUUGAUUUAAUGGAUGCCAAAGCCCGUGCUGAUUGCAUCAAAGAAAUAGAUCUUCUUAAGGUAAAUAUGUACAAUGACUUUCUUUUUUUACUUGAAUGAAGGUGAAAUUUAGCAUUUAUUUGUUCAUAUUUAUAUUAUUCCCAAGUCUAAAGAUUUGGGAGAAGGCGUACCUAAAAUGUGUUCACUAUGGAUUUGGGAUGAUACAGGGGCAUGUGUGUAUUUUAAAUGCAGCUGCAGCAAAACUUACAUAUCCUCAGCUGAUUUUUGAGGCAAUAGAGUUGCAUUUCGACUCUCCAUAGCUAAUAACCAGAGCGGAACUUACUUGAUAUGUUUAUUUACUUCUCUCUGUGUGACAUUGUGGUUUGUAUCUCACUGCCCUUCAGGGCAGCUUACAGACAACAGCAACAACAGCAACAAGGCUCAUAAUAAAUAACAAAUGAAAGCUAAAAUGAUAGGACCCUAUUCUAGCUUUAGCCUCAUUAAUUCCCACCCCCCCAAAAAAAAACCCUGCUACAAAAUAUAUAAGAUUACUGUUUCAUGAAACAGGUGGCAGGUCAACUGCUGUUUUUUUAAAAAAAUAAAUUGCACCAUAAUCUCAAAUAUGUGCUGAAAGUAGAAAAGAACCUAAGGAACAAGUUAAAAAUAGAACUGGCCUAAUGAAUGUCUUAGGAGUUCCAUAAUGAGCAUCCCAUUACUGAAAAGAUAUCCUUCACUUCAUCCCAGCUGCCCUCACUUCAGUCAAAGAUGGAACUUGGGAUCAGAAUUUGUCCGCUGAUCUUCGCGAUUGUUUACUUGGAAAAAAGGCUCUCAUGAGCAUAUACUGUAUUUAUGCCUUGUGCAUAAGAAUUUAGGAUGCUGCCCAGACUAUUUGACCAUCUAGCUCAGUACUGUUCAUUCUGACUGUUGCUCCACGGCCUUGGGCAGAAAGAGGGCUUUUCUAAGACCGCCCCCUGGCAAUCCUUUUAGGUUGGACCUGCUAUAUGUAAAGUUUUUUCUCAGCCACUGAGCUACUACCUCUCCCCUGCAAUAUAUGUAUAGAACACAUAAUGUGCAUACACAUGCACAUUACAGUGAUACAGUGCUUUUGUAUUCCUUUUAUGCAUGUCAGUCUCCCAUCCAUAUCGCAUUGCAUUGUAAGCUGCCUUUUUAAAGUUUAAAGUGGGAACCAAGAGCUGCCCUAGUUGUUACCGAGAGCUUAUCCUUGUAGGAUUUUCCCUUUGAACUGCUGGCCUCCACUCCCCACCUUCCGCCACCUUACCAAGUUAUAUCAGAAACAGCUGUUUUUGAAUGAGGGUUGUUAUGUAGGUGGGGGUGAAGACUUGCCAUACAAGAAUCCUUAGUUCUCGAAAGCAGACUGCAGUGUGAUCCAGAGAAGAUGCACUUUGUAAAACAAGGACAAAAGCCUUGUCUGUGCACACACAAACUUUUUUGUUCCUCUAAAGUGCCUUACUGAAUACUGAUUAUGAAUGAUGCAGAGAGACAUAUAAAUAAGGUGAGUUACAGUUUACAGGAGGGGGCUUUCCUUUGGAGUGAAUGUGGCUCUUCUUUUCCUGUUUGUUGCCAACCAGAAAGAUGCUCAAAUUCCCAGGUUUUAGGUUUUUGGGGGCUUUAAAAAGAAAGUUUCUGGUCUUUGUGAUUGCAGAAAGUGACACAUGUUGUUUCUUGAUGACUAUUAUUGUGCUUACUCUCUGCUUUAAAAAUAUAACAAACCUUACCUGUGAUUUUAAAGGUUACUUAGGUGUCUGCACCUAACUUCCCACCCUGCCGCUCCCCCUCUGCCCCAGCCGUAGCUCUUUGUUCUGUACUAGCAACUGCUCCUUUAUAUUUUUAGGAGUGCCUUGUCAGUUAGAACAUGGGUAUUUUUGGUAGGAGAUGCCUCAUUGCACAUAUAGAAAAUUCCAUGCACCUUACUGACAACGUUGUGGAGGACCUUGCUAUGUCUAUGGAAGAUAUGGUAUUGGAGAGGUUCUCUGUGAUGUCCGCUCUGUGGUUGAGCAGAUGAUGGAUUUGAGUACAGAAACCACCCUUGGUCAGAUAUGCACCUAGGAAGUAGUAGCCUAGGCUACCUGUGUGGGCAGACUGAGCCCCAUGUGAUUCUGCGCGGCAGGAACAAAAAACAUAAUAGGAAGCUUUGCUGUAAGAGAGUAGGGACUAGAAAAAGCUCAUAGGUGCAUUGCAUUCAUUUUUUCACCUCUUGAUAAUCAUGCCUUGAAAUAACUUUUCAGUUCAGUUUCAUGAUCAUUGUACAUAUCAAGAGAUAUGUAGCUAUAUGCUUUGAAUACAAAAUAGAUUUUUUUAAACUUUUGAGGCAAAAUUUAAGACAGUGUGGUAAGUUUUUUACAUUCUUCAACGUGUACUCUAUGUGGAUUGUUAUUAUUACUUUUCGUCAACACUGUUCUUGACCUGGCCAUAAGCCUGCCAAAAGUUUGCUUUGCUGAGUUUUUCUUGUCUGUCUGGAGGCAUUCAGCUUUAAAAACCUCAAUAAUUUUCUGAGAAAGAGCAAAAUAUUGCAAAUAUAUCCAUUUAAAAUAAUCCAAUGGAGGCAUUUGGAAAUUAGUGGUACCUUUAUUAAUCCUGUGAGCGGAGUGUAGAAUGCAAAACCUCUUCUGGUUCCAAAUUCUACUUUAGUUUUGUUUUACAACGGUCAUUGGUUGAGAAGCUGUGAUGGGAUGAUGAGCUGCUUGUGCGUAAAAUCGUAUCCCCUCAGAGUUUGUUCAAGUCCACAAACCUCUGUCUGUGACGGAGCCCCUCAGACAUGGCUCCUCUAGUCACUAGCAGAUUCCGACAGUGGUUGCUUUCGGAAUCGCUUCCAACAUAAAAGCUCCUUAACGGAAACACGUCUUCUGGACUCUCUGCGUGUCAGUUUCCGGCGAGGAGUGGGUGUCCCUACAGGAGGUCCUGAAACCUCCCCACUGUUUUCGCUGGAAGUGUCUCUGAGCCAUCCCUCCAGCUCACUUUCCCUCAGCUCAGCUCCUCUCCCCCUACUGGUUCCCUCUUCAGCUGCUGAGUCUCUCCCAACCUGUGUGAGCCCUUUCACCUCCCUUCCUUCCGAUGGCAGUUCCCUGACAGAAGCUAAUGAAGUUUUUUUUUUGUUUUAUCAUGGACAAUUGAAAGUUGAAGAGAUGUUUUUUCUUCUUUUUUAAAUGGCAUGUUCUUUGGCUUUCUUGCAUAAGUCAUCUGAUAGCUUUGUGUGCCCCAUUCCUAACUAAUUAAGGGGCUUUCUUUUCCACCCCCCCAAAAAAACAUAGACAUGCUGUAGUAGCUGCUGUAUUGUUUCCAGGCUUAGUUCAAGGUGCUGGUAUCCUCUUUGUUAAGUUUGAUUUUUAGACUUGGUUCAGGUUUUUUUGUUAUCUAAAAAUAAUGCAUGCAAAUAAUGAAUACAUGAAUGUUGUUUUCUUUUAGUACAGAAAGGGGUGUUCUCCCCCGCCCCUGUGUAUAUAGGAUUAAAUGGCGGAAACCAAUAGUUGAGGCUAUACGUACUGUAGACUGAAGUAUCUGUUUCUUUUUCUAGCAAUUGAAUCAUCCAAAUGUAAUCAAAUACUAUGCAUCAUUUAUUGAAGACAAUGAACUAAAUAUUGUACUGGAAUUAGCAGAUGCUGGAGACCUAUCUAGAAUGAUCAAGGUAGGCGUUUUUCUUAACAGAGAGUUUUAUUUCUUUCUUAAUAUAUUCAUUGUUUGAAAUAAAUAGAAAUCAUAUUUUAUUUUUCAUAUUUUGUUUUGAUUCUCAUUACUCUGGUUUUAUUUCUGGAUUCUCAGGUACCCUAAAUUAUAAGUGAUUGCCACAAAUCCUACUCCAGGUUUCAAUUCUGUAAAUCCUUUCCAAGCUAUCGAAGUGUCCAUAUUUAUAUCUCACUAUCAACGUUUGCUGCUAAUCUUAAAAUGCUAUGCAUGAUUGCAAAGAAACAUAGAUGGGGAGGAGAUCGUCAUUAGACUCCAAAUCUGGCAUUGUGCCAACCAUAAUAUUUAAUGUUGGCAUUUCUGUUUAUAAAUUCUCCCCUUUGAGAUUUUUACCAUAAUAAUUCAGCUGUAAAACCAGAUUGUAUGUUUAAAAUGUUGGUACUGACCAUCCAAACAUGUAGGAACAUGUUUCUUUCUGAAGUUGUGAAAACAAAGCAAAUCAAUCAAAAGCCCUUGGAGCCUAUGAAGACUGCUUCCAUAACGCUUGAUUUUUGCCAACAGGAAUGAUCCCACAAGUCACUGCAGCGAUAAUAUGGAAAGAGCUUAGACCAGUGACUUCUCAAAAAUCAGGCAGUAGGCUGCUAUGCUCUUAGUUGCAAUGCUGGCUGGGUAACUUGGCACCAAACUGAAAGUGCUAUGAUAGAAGUACAAGCUUGUGAAGAAUAUUUGCAGCAGUCCCCUCCACAAUGCACCAUUUGAGAUGUUCUGUCCAUCCAUCCAUCCAUCCAUUCAUUCAUUCGAGUAUUUCUAAACCACAACUUAUUAAAAAAAUAUGGCCUCCAAAUAAUUUUUUUUUUAAAAAACCAUAAAAUUACAAAAUCAUAAAAAAAACACUGAAAUGCUUGGCUAAACAGAAAUGUUUCCAACAGGCAGUGAAAUGAUAGAAUUGUGAGUGCCUGUGCGAAUUCAGUGGGAGCAGUGUUCCAAAAUAUUGGUGCCCCUGUACUAAAAGCCUUAAUUUUUGUAGAAGCUAAAUGAAUAGAAAAUAAACCAAAUAGAAACUAAACUACAAAUCACCAUUUGUACACACUAAACUAAAUAACCAUGGCACAGCCAAGAGGGCUUCUGUUUGUUCCACUUCUCCUGUUUAGGGGAUGAAGAAUCUGCACCCAUGUUCAUUUCUAGGGCUUUGUUCCCUAACCUGACCCUAGGAAAACCCUGGGGGAAAGUUAUGAGUCAUUUUUUAAAUUGACCUAAUUGGGGUAUAUUUGCUCAGAUUAAUAAAAUACAGGAACGGUCAACCUGUUGGGACUUGUUGAACACAUUUGCAAACCAGCGAAACUGUGUAUAUGUAAAUACACACACCCAGAACCAAGCUCGCACUACAACCGCAACAGAAUGCUUCUUUCAAACAGUGGGAAGGGACUCUGAAGGAAAGCCUGCACAGACCCUUUGUCAAAGUGCUUUUUACGAAUGUUUAAACAGUGAACACUCUUGGCAUAUUUCUAUGGAAUUCGAGGUUGUUUCCACAAGCUACAUUCAUUUCUUCAUUCACCAUAAAGCAACAAGGGUUUUCUGAGAGAUCUUUGGAACCCUGAGUCAUAUUCUAAUAUCCUAAUUAUGCACAAGAUCAUGCUUAACCUAUUCCAGUGGAACAGAAAUCAAGGUCUCAGGUGGUAUCAGAGGUCUGCUUACCACCACCUAGGAAAACAAACCCCAACCCAGUUUUGCCACCCUUCUUCUUCCUGUAAUGUUUAGGGAAAGGAAUGGGAACUAUUUGGCUGUGCUGGAGUGAACAUGACUGUUCUGUGCACUGAACUUUGAACAAGACCAUGAGCAUUUUAGGCUGGGAAGGAAGUUAGGAAGACCAAUUGAUUGCCAUUUUCCAUUACUGUUAAUAGACUUUCCAACAAGCCCAAUUAUAAUUUUAGCACACUAAAAACUAGUACGUUUGCCAAUUGUAGUAACACACUGGAAAGAUUUCAACAGCCAGCUGUUCAAAAUUUUGAGAUUAGUUCUUAGAUUAAACGUAUUCAAGUUCACAGUUGGGUUAAUUGUAUUAUAUUAUGUAUGGGGGAAAGUGUGAAGCUAGCUUAUCUUAUUUCUUUAUUUAUUAUUAAUUUAUAUAGGCAGCAUUUAAAACAACAAAGCUAAAAAGCCAAAACAACUUCAUCGUAGUUGAGGGUUUUUUGUUUUUUGUUUGUUUCUUAACUUGCACUCAGCUAAAUGAAUUACUCUAAGAGCUGCAUUUAAGAUACUUAAGCUUGGAUAGAUCAUUCCAUUCUAUUUUUAUAUAUUCAUUUCUUGUCAAAUAAUCAGUUCCCUCCCCAAUACAAGUCCUUUGUUCUCCAGACUAGAUUAUUGUUGUUUUGCACUGCAUUGUAAGUGUCUCAGGUUUUUUGGAUACAAAAAGUGUGCUUUUUAAUUAGUCCUCACCCUCAGCCUUCAAAAUACUAUUUUUGUGACUCUUAGAAGGAAUAUUAACUUUGCUUUACAGCAUAGAGUUGAAACUGCAUCUUUGUGCUUUGAAGAAUAUUCCUUGCCAAGAUGACAUUUUUAAGCCAAGAGGGUGAAAAAUGUGGUGCUACAAAGAUUGACAAUGUCCUGUUAAUAUUUAUAACCAAAUUGUAUAUAUUUUGCUUAUGAAUUAAUAAUUCUGUAGGUUUACACUUGCUACAAUAUGAAGAUUUUGUUUUCUCUUCUGUAUAUUCCAAUUUGACAUAACAUUUAAUAUGAGGCCUCUCUUUCUUUCCCCUUUCUGUGACAGACUUCAUUAUGGCCUAUUGAUGCCUUUAUUUUACCUAGGACUGUCAAACCUGUCCAUUUAACUCCUUUCAUUCUAGCACUUGAAAUCCGGUGAUACAUUUGGCGGAUAUUUAGUCAAGGCAGCAUUUUCCCUUUAACAGAAAUACAAAUAUAUCCUUUUUAGCACUGAAAACCAUUUUAUACACACAGAGAUUCAUGGAAGGCCAGGCAUAGCUUACAACAGUGGCAUUAACCCAGUAUUUGUUCAGAGAGACCAGUUCUGGUUUAUAAUUAGUUUUUUGUUAUUAAAGAAACCACAGUUUUAAAUCUGUGAUUUAAUUUAAUCUACUUGCGAAUCCAGUUUAUGCAUUUUCUUCUGAUUUUACCCUAGAGAUGUCCAAAAUUGCCUGCAAUGCAAUUUGGCUGUGUGGCUAUUUCUUACCUAUCUUUUUCUUGAGAGUAGUUUAUGAUGUCCUCUUAACGUAGGCAUCAUGUUUAAUGUAGUGAACUCGGAUUGCUGUUUGAAGUUAAUGACAGCCUAUCAGGCUAUGAUUAAAUAUGUAUAAGGUGUCACACUAUACUCAUAUUUUCAUAGUUCUUGUAGUGGGAUCAGCAUGAGUUUAUUUUAGGUAUAUAAAGAUUGAGGGAAGGAGGGAAGUACAAUGAAUGCAUCCCCAGCUCUCUCUUUUUUAAAUGAGAACACAAUAGAAAAAUAACAUUUCUCUCACUGUGUAUAUGUGUAUGUGUGUGUGUGCUGUUUUUUAUACGAGCAGUGAGAAACACAGUAAUUAGGAGUCAGGCGCAAGAUCUUGGAAUCCAAUAAGGAUAAUAGUGGCUACUGACUCUCUUUUCAUUAGACAAUACAGAUGAAUCUUCAGCACAGUGUUGUGCUAUUGAGUGCUUUACCCUAAUGAGCAAAAAAGAAUCUGAUGUCUAAAAGUUUAAAUGGGUAACUCAUUAUGAUGGUGCCACCAUAUUGACAGUCCUGUGAAUAAGGUCAUUCAUGCAGGUUGGUGGUUUCCCAACUUCCUACUCUCAGAGAACCCUUUCCACAUCAUUUAAAAUUUAUAUAGUAUCUCAUUUUCUAUUCCAUCUUCCUAUACAUUUGUGUGUGUGAACGAACUACCUAGGCAUCGCAGUGGAUAUAAGAUUCUACGUUUGAGAAUGUACAUUCAGUUCACUAGGACUGUCCACCAGGCCUGUUGAGUAUAGAUGACCAUCACCCCAAAUAAAACAAAAAGUGUUCUAGAGCGCAACUGACAAGACUGCACAGUCCUGACUUUGCUGACACCAUACUUCUCCCCUCACUGUUCUGGUAAGCAACAGCAGUGUUGCUGCUGGAAAGCUAUGGCUGCAGCUCCAUUCUACUGGAUGAGAUGCUCCUGCUGUCAUCCAGGAUUUAAUCCCAAAUUGUGCUGUUGACCUGCAUCAAUGAGAUGGGUGAAUGACUUGGAUUUUCCAAGCUUGUCUGCUUGGGUUCUUGUUGCAGUGCUGACCCAGACUUGAUGGUUAGAAAGGAGGUGGUCACUGUGCUAUCCCAUCUCCCUCUUCAGCUUCCUGUCUGAUCAAAUUCAGUUUCGAGUAUUUGCACUUGAUAUUAGGCACUUAGUUUGAAAUUCCAUUAUUGCAUAUAUAAUCCUGCUGCCUAACAAUCUCCUUGCUGGGAUUGGUCUUGUUUUUGGUUUUGAGGAGCCACAGAACAAUGGUUUGGGGAGACUUCAACACACAUGCUUAGACUGCCAUAUCUUUUAUGGGCCAGGAUUUUUGCUGCAGUCAUUCCAAAAUGCUCCUAACUCAACAAGUGCAGCAGGUUAUAUAAUUUCUCAACCAGAAAGGAUGAUUGCUACUAGAUUCCUGAGAGUCCUUUCUGUUAGCAUGCUUCUCAUUCCUGUUCAAUCACAUUCUAGAAUUCAGAAAUUACCUGUUAUGUAGACAUGAUUAUUUUUAAGCACUCUGUACCACUGUAUAUAACUGUCUUGGCUCUUUUCUACAUUAAGUACUUGGAGAUGAUGAAUUGGUUGGGAUGAUCGCCAGAUGUAUGUAGAGGGAAAGCUGAAUCAAGUGUGACCAAACACAGUUUAGAGCUCACUUUAUAGUUUACCGUAUUUUUUGCUCUAUAAGACUCACUUUUUCCCUCCUAAAAAGUAAGGGGAAAUGUGUGUGCGUCUUAUGGAGCGAAUGCAGGCUGCACAGCUAUCCCAGAAGCCAGAACAGCAAGAGGGAUUGCUGCUUUCACUGCACAGCGAUCCCUCUUGCUGUUCUGGCUUCUGAGAUUCAGAAUAUUUUUUUUCUUGUUUUCCUCCUCCAAAAACUAGGUGCGUCUUGUGGUCUGGUGCGUCUUAUAGAGCGAAAAAUACGGUAUAUUGUGGCGGUAACAGCAGCUAAGAAGGAAUGCUUGCCUAGUAUCACUGUAUCUGCACAAUACUGGCUGGAGGAACAAUUUUGAGCGGCUAAAGGAGUCCUUUAGAUGGAUCUCUAGGUUAUAUUGGAGAAUGCUCAAGUGCCCACUGUGAACAUUUGCAAACCACUUCAAAACUUUGAGACCAUAAUUAUAGCAUGUAAAGAAAAAUAACUCUUUUCUCUCUAGAGUGAGGACCAGGCAGGCUUGAAGCUACAGAAGGCAUGAUAAUGUUUGAGCCUGGUGUGAAAACUAAGAAGAACAGGGAUGUGAUUUAUACCCUAAUUUGUUCAUAUAAAUUCAUGUUGCUGUGUGAAUGGCACUGUACUGGGGUGAGAGUCUUGACUAAUAACUUGAAAAGUAGUCCUUCUACAUUGUAUUAUGGCUACAUUGUCAAGGUGAGAGUCCAUUCUAUUCUAUUCUGUUUAUUUAAAUGAUUUAUAUACCGUCCUCCAGCAAUACUUUCAGGAUGACCUGCAAAAACAAGAUAAAUACAAAAGCAAAUUAUAAUUGAUUACGACAUGGUUUAAAUAGAAAUACAAAGAAAAUAAUGGAAAAUUUAACAAUUCCUGGUGCACAAAAGGUACUAGGAUUAGCACAAGCUUAACUUCAAUGAGGAAGUAAUUCCAUAAGAGUGUGUCAUAGCUGGGAAGACUCUCUCUAGAAACCAGCCACCUUUCCUCAGCUGGUGGGGACACCAGGACAACUAGACAGCCUCAAUUGUGGUCUUUAAGGCAGCCUUCCCAAUCUGGUUCCAUUCAGAUGUUUGCUAGGGAAGUGUGUGGAGAACACCGAGAAUUGGAUUAGAAUAGAGGGCAGUCUGUUUCCACAUUCACAUACCGUUUAUUGGGUUCCCUGAAGGUUAGUUAAUGCAUUAGUGAAACAAAAGGAAAGAAACGGCUCUUUCCCUUGCCUAUUCUUAAAUACAGUCGUACUUUGGUUGUCGAAUGCCUUGGGACUUGGAUGUUUUGGCUCCUGAAUGGCGCAAACCCAGAUGUGUGUGUUCUGGUUUGCGAACGUUUUUCAGAAGCUGAACAUCCGACAUGGCUUCUGUGGCUUCCAAUUGAGUGCAGGAAGCUCCUGCAGCCAAUUGGAAUCUGCGCCUUGGUUUCUGAACCGUUUCAGGAGUCAAACGGACUCCUAGAAAGGAUUAAGUUUGACAACCAAGGUACGACUGUAUGAGAGCAGCCAGCCAAAUCUACACUUUCACCAUUUUUUCUUGUUAAACACUGAAGUUUAUUUUUAAAAACUUUCUUUAAAAAUUUAAUUUUUCUUUGAGACUUCCGCAUAUGCUAGAGUAAAGACAUUUGCUACUACUGUGAACUGAAAAAUGCUUUUGAUAUGUACCAUAUACUGAUUAUCCAAACAUUGAGAUGGUACAUUACAGGUGCCAUUAUGUCACCUUUCUCCUCUGAGCUUUUCUUAUUAGUUUUUAAAGGCUGUUUUUAAAAAAACAAAACAAAAAACCCAAUAUUUUUCAACAGUACACCAGGCAACACUAGCUGGAUUAAUUAUAGAACAAAGUCUCGAGUUAAUAUAUUUUUUAUUAAGCAUCUUCCUAAAGGAAAUAUAAAGCAGUGCUUUGAACUGACUGUACCUAUGUUUGCUGUUAAAAGUUUUGAAGCUACCUGUGGUACCUAUUUUGUGUCAUUUUUUUACUCUUUGUAAUUUCAGGCUUUCAUUCUUAUAUACAUAUACAUACAUAGAAUAUAUAUAUAGAUAUAUUCUAUCAUUCUUGAUGCAAACUCUCUGACACCAAGUGUCAGAGAGCCCUACUAAUAUCUAUGAGCAUAUAUAUAUAUAUAUAUAUAUAUAUUAGGGGCGUGUGCUUUUUGUAACUCAUUAUUUUUUUCCAGUUUCUAAGAAUCAGCAGCACUGCUGCAGUAGCAGGUUGGAGCUGUCAUGACAGCAGUUGGACAGGAACUGCAGCCCUGCAAGCACUCCUGUCUGGAAACUGCUUCAAUUGUUUUCACUUGCUGUAGCAGUGUUGCUGGUUGCCAGGUAAUGUAAUACCUUUGUUCCCACCUAGGGAUGCUUGGAAAGUUCAGUCUUUGCUAAUGCCUACACUGUGAACUGCUCUGUUUCUUGAUAAAUGGGAUACAGUCUGUGUCCUCUGGCAAAAGUGGAACACAUCUAAAUCUGAUCUGGAUCAUGAAUGCAUCCAUGCUCUGCAUUACUCUGCCCUCUUAAAUGUGGUUGGGACACAAACUGCAGUCUCUUGCAUUUUUAUCUUUUAGUUCUGCUACAAGACUUAAAUGUAACUAUUCCAUUUGUUUGCUAGCCUUUGAACCCUUCUUUUCUAAUCUGAUGAAGGUUCUAGCCUACAAAGGCUCAUACUAAACUGCUGCCUUUAGGAUACCCCAAAACUCUUUGUUGUUUUCUUUUUCCAUAAAAACUUAUUUAAAUGUUUUGGAAAUCAUCAUAACCUUACUUAAAUAUUUUUUUUCUGUGGAAGGUAAGCUUGCCUUGUUCUUUUAGCUUUUAUUAGACUCUCAAGACUCUUUAGUCCCUCCCUGUAACUUUCCUUAUAUGCCCAUGUAGGUUUCAUGAGAGGCAAGUGAAUUCCAAAUACAUGGUUGGUCUACUCAUGGGAUAUUAUAUUUUGCAGCAAUGCUAGGGAUAUAUCAAGAUAGAUAGCUAACUACCGUAUUUUUUGCUCUAUAAGAUGCACUUUUUCCCUCCUAAAAAGUAAGGGGAAAUGUGUGUGCGUCUUAUGGAGCGAAUGCAGGCUGUGCGGCUAAGCCAGAAGACAGAACAGCGAGAAGUCAUUUCAGAAGUCGAACGGACUUCCAGAACAGAUUCCGUUCGACUUCUGAGGUACGACUGUAUACCAUAUAAUUCUAUGCCAUAGCACUAGAGCUAUGCAUUCAAAAGGUCCUGGAUUUAGGCCCUGACAUCUCUUGGUAGGACUGAGAAAGUCCUUGAAACACCUACCUUCUUCCAGUCAAGUGUCUUCACCAUGUACCUUGAGACACCUGGUCUUUGGAAGGACCAAGCCCUCCAGGUAAGCUCUGGAGCAGAUACAUUUCUCCACUUGGUUCUGCAUUGGGGCAAAAAAAAUUAAACCCCAGUGUUAGCAUACCACACCACACCAAAUCUCGGAAAAUUUGACUUCAUUAGUGCACAUAACACUUUUGAGAACAUUUUGAGACAAGUAAAGUAUAGAACAUAUAGGAACAGCUGGCAUUAUACAAUGAGUUUUGUCAGAAAUUUGUCUAAAAAUACAUUGUUAAAAGUCUUUUCAGGGUUCAUUUUAAAAACAAUAAAAUGUGCUUUCUAUGCAUAUACUUGAAGUUGUGUAUUUGUUUCUAAAUGAAAAGAAACCCGGUAUCUAUCUAUUUAUCUUGUUGACAUCAAACAGUCCUCUGAUAUACAAAUCCCAGCUAUGGGGAGAAUAGAUACAGAGUUUGUUUUGGAUUCAGUCCAGGUCUGAGGAAAGCAGCAUUUAAAGAGCUUGCAUUCAAACAUUGCAUCAUUUCAGUUUUUGAAAAUACAGUGGUGCCUCGCAAGACGAAAUUAAUCCGUUCCGCGAGUGUCUUCGUCUAGCGGUUUCUUCGUCUUGCGAAGCAACCCUAUUAGCGGCUUAGCUGAUUAGCGCUAUUAGCGGUUUAGCGGCUAUUAAAGGCUUAUCGGCUUAUCGGCUUAGCUGCUAAAAGGCUAUUAAAGGCUUAUCGGCUUAGAAAAAAGGGGGGGAAAGCGGAAAAAAAAUCUCAAGACUCGCAAGACAUUUUCGUCUUGCGAAGCAAGCCCAUAGGGAAAUUCGCCCUGCGAAGCAACUCAAAAACGGAAAACCCUUUCGUCUAGCGGGUUUUCCGUCUUGCGAGGCAUUCGUCUUGCGGGGCACCACUGUAUUUUGAGGAAAUUAAAAGUGUGUUUGUCUCAGCAUACAGUCAUAUCUCGGGUUAGAGACGCUUCAGGUGGAGUGUUUUUGGGUUGUGUACCGCGCCAGACCUGGAAGUAUCGGAAUGGGUUACUUCCGGGUUUCGGCGCAUGCGCAGAAGCUGCUGCCUUGGUUUCUCUCUCCUCCUGAAAUCGUGCCCUGUGUUUAAUGUUACGGGCAACUCUAUCCUGGGGAAGGGAAGUCUCCUUCCUUCGCUUUUCUUCAUCAUCUUCUUCAGGGGUGGGCUCCUUCUCUGCCCCCCCCCCACCAACAAGGUCCCAUGGGGUUGUAAAGCAAGCCAGACCAUUUAGCACCGACCCUAUUCAUUCCAGCAGCGGGCCAUCGCCCACUCAAGCCCUGCGAAAAAUAUCAUCACCAUUAUUAUUACUACUACUACUACUACUACUACUACUACUACCCUCCACCCAUAUCAGGGAGGCUCACAGCCUGAAACUACUGGAGCUGAUUAUGUAUUAACAGACAGAGACACAGUGAGUAAGUGGUCCCCAGGCCCCAGAAUUGUACUAGACAGGGUUGCACUGCCUCUGAAAGAAGAGGUAUGCAGUACAGUGGUACCUCAGGUUAAGAACUUAAUUCGUUCUGGAGGUCUGUUCUUAACCUGAAACUGUUCUUAACCUGAGGUACCACUUUAGCUAAUGGGGCCUCUCGCUGCUGCCGCCACCGCAGCACAAUUUCCAUUCUCAUCCUGAAGCAAAGUUCUUAAUCUGAGGUACUAUUUCUGGGUUAGUGGAGUCUGUAACCUGAAGCAUUUGUAACCUGAAGCGUCUGUAACCUGAGGUACCACUGUAUAAGGGUACAGUGGUGCCUCGCAAGACGAAAUUAAUUCGUUCCGCGAGUUUUUUCGUCUUGCGGUUUUUUUCGUCUUGCGAAGUACGGUGUCGGAAAAGUUUUAGAAAAGCUUCAAAAAUCACCAAAGUCUUCAAAAACCUCAAAAAAGGCUACCACACCGUGUGCUAUGAGUUGCUCCUCGAAGUCAAGACGCAACUGUAUUAACGGUUUUAAGAAAAAGGAAACAAACUUGCAAGACGUUUCCGUCUUGCGAAGCAAGCCCAUAGGGAAAAUCGUCUUGCGAAGCAACUCAAAAAACCAAAAACCCUUCCGUUUUGCGAGUUUUCCGUCUUGCGAGGCAUUCGUCUUGCGAGGUACCACUGUACUAUCUUUGUCCAUGAAGACCCAGGUAGCCUAGUCGGCUCCGAACUUUCUGGGACAGGGUUAGCUUGGCCACUGUGCCAUAUGUGUGAGGGGCUUCUCUCGCUUCUCUAUUCUCUGGUGCAGAAUACUGGGCUUGGUGGUGAUGAAUAUUUCUCUUAAUCUGGCACAUAUCGCAUCAGUGCUGAGGGAUCUGCACUGGCAGCCUCUUGGCCAACAAGCCAGUUUUAAAGUUCUGCUACUUACAUAAAGGUAAAGGGUAAAGGGACCCUUGACCAUUAGGUCUAGUCGUGACCAACUUGGGGGUUGCAGCACUCAUCUCACUUUAUUGGCCGAGGGAGCUGGCGUACAGCUUCCAGGUCAUGUGGCCAGCAUGACUAAGCCGCUUCUGGCAAAGCAGACCAGCGCACGGAAACGCCGUUUUCCUUCCCGCCAAAGCAGUACCUAUUUAUCUACUUGCACUUUGACAUGCUUUCGAACUGCUAGGUGGGCAGGAGCAGGGACCGAGCAAUGGGAGCUCACCCCGUCGUGGGGAUUUGAACCACUGACCUUCUGAUUGGCAAGCCCUAGGCUCUGUGGUUUAACCCACAGCGCCACCCACGUCCCGCUACUUACAUACAAAGCCCUAAAUAACCCUGGAUCAGGUUACCUGAAAUACCUCCUCCUUCACUUGUCCAGGAAGGGGACUAUGAUCAUCUAAUCAGUUUCAGCAUGGCCUGAUGAGCAUUGGCUUGUGAUAACAUGGAAGCAGCUUUCCCCACUGUUAGGGUCAGAGCUGGUGAAAUAUGAGAGGCUGUUGGCAUUCUGCUAGCUCCUGAAGGCACACCUGUUUAGGCAAGCCCUCCCCUGAACUGAACUUCUGAUUUUAUUAUUUUAACUUUAAGAAAAAAACUGUUUUAAUUGCCAUGUCUUUAAUUGUUUGUUUAAUUAUAUGUGUCAAUUACGGAUGUUUUGAUGCUGUGAUGUGUUUUCAUUAUGAAUUGAUGUUAUUGAUUUUAUAGCUGUAAACUUCCUUAGAAGCCAUUUUGGCAUAAAAGUGGUAUGUAACGUAAUAAAUAAUAAAAUGGGGCCAGCGAAUUGAAGGAACCGCACUAGUAGCCUCUGAACAGCAGCACAUUUCUGAAUGAAUUCGUGAUUUCUGGAUUUUAAAUAAAUGGUGACUAUAUGGCUUCUUCGCCUUUGCAUGAAACCUUAUCUGGAAUUGAGAGCUGAUUAAAAUAUUAAGGGAAAUUAUAUGGUCUCUCUCUCCCCCCACCCCCAUGAACAUGCUUCAGAAUGAAUGUGGUGAUAAAACGUUAAGACUGCAGGUAAAAGGCUAGAGCAUCAGGCCUCAUACUACACUUCUUGUGUUUUGCAACAUAUUUUGUUUUUACACAGGGAAGCAUUCGAAAAUAUAACCUCCCACUUAAUGCUAAAAUAUCAGUACCUUGUGCUGUUUUUUUUAAUGUUUCAAUUUGUUCACGGUUCCAAAUAAAUCAAUACUACCGCCAGGUAAAUGUGUUUAGGCUCAGAGUGCCACACUCUGCAGAUUCUGCUAUUCAGUGAGUGCAUGUUUAACUGAUUUGGGGGCAGUGGAGGUGGCGGUGCAGCUUCAAUACCUUGGCAACAAGGUUUUGUUACCUAAAGGACAUAUGUUGCCAUUUGUAGUUUGCAUUACAUUUGUUUAAAAUAUUGGUUGACUCAGUUAGCACACAGCUGUUAAUUUUCUUUUAAAGCCAUUUUCUUUAUCCCACUUGACCUUGUCCUGUCAAGGAAGAGGAAGAUGUCAUAUAAAUAGGAUAGAUCAGUGGCAGACUUAUGGGUGGCAGUUUUCUUCUCAGCUUGAACAUAGCUCUGACAGCCGCCUUACACCUGCCACGCUUGCAGGUCUUUAGAGUUGGCAGUGUAAUAGUAUCCUAAGCCAACAAUAAAAGAAAAACAUGCAGUUGUUUUGCUGUCCUGGCAUUACAGUUACGGAAAUAAAUCACACACACACACCCCUGCCAUUUUAUUUGGUCAAAUAACUGUUUCUAGACAGACCUAGAAACCCUGCAUGGUCCUUGGAGGAAGAGAAAGUUUUAAACAAAUAAUAGAAAAUACUGUAAUAAAUUCAUUGGGAAGCAGUUUGUGCAUGAGUUUAAUAGUACAAACACGAGAACAAAGUUUCUGUGGUAUAGUAUUGUAGUCUGAAAUGUGUUCCAAUGAGCUGGUUCAGGCACCAUGAUAGGCAUGAACUGCAGUAUGCCUCAGGGUCUCCUUCAAUGCCAUGCUGGAGGUGGAGCGUACAGUGGCUCUCUGCAGCUUAUUCCGGUUGUGAUAAACCAUGGUUUACUGUGCUGCCAAAACUGGUCUAAUGUAAAAUCAUAUUCUAAAAGGGAUAGGGGGCAGCCAUUAUCAUCAAAAGCUCUACCUUCCAGCCCUGAAGCUGUAGGUUAAAUUCAAAUUCGAGGGAGUUCUCAAUCAGACCGUGACCUGCCAAACUUUCCUUAGGGUGCAAGCUGGGUUUAUUCGUAUCUACUUAUAUUAAGUGUGUGGGGGUGUAUCCAGUGGGGAUUUUUGUUUCAUCGGUUAAACAUGACCCUUUGGUGGCUAGCAAUAUUUUGUUUAAAAUCCUAUCCUUUUAAUAAUUUUUAACCAAAUUAUUGCUUUACGAUGUUGGGCUACUCACAAAUCCGCUUUGGCAGUAGUUAAUUUUAUUGUUCUUAAUUUUUAAAGCAUUUCAAGAAGCAGAAGAGACUGAUUCCUGAAAGGACAGUUUGGAAGUACUUUGUUCAGCUCUGCAGUGCCUUGGAGCACAUGCAUUCACGACGCGUCAUGCAUCGAGGUAACUUAAUUGCAUUUAAUCAAGCUAAUGUCAUUCCAGUGUAGAGGUUGAAAGAAAAAUAUAUUUCCAGUGUAUGUGAUUUUGUGUGAGUGUGCAUAUUACUGCAAUGGCUUUUUACAAAUUGCUUUUCCUCUUCGGGAUAGGUAACUUGAUAAAUAUUGCCCAGUGCAGAGAGUAAUAAUCUUGGGUCCCUCCUUUAGCGAGAACACAUUAAAACAUAUUUGUGCUGGUACAUUGGAGUGAUGACUAUAUUAUGGGUUAAAAUGAACAACUUACAAUUCAUAUGCAUGCUAUGUAUAUGCUGUAGAUUCUUAAAAAUCAUUUAUUUUUGAAGACUUAUUCUGCAUCUUUGGAUUAUGCGCCUCUCAAAAUAAUUCAGGUAAUAAUAAUAAAAACCAAACACAUACACACGCACUAGCAGCCCUUAUACUUCUGGCUGAUGGAUAGGGUCAGUGUGCGCUUCCCUUUGGCUCUGCGCUUGGAGGGUAAUUGGCAGUAGGGAGCAGAAUGUUUUCCUGGCAGGGAAGGGGUAGUAUGCUCUCUGCAGCUGCUUCCUUGUCUGGCUGAUGGAUGGGAGCAGACUGCCGCAGACUGGGAGGCAGGAAGUGCAACUGGUCAGGGCUACUUAGUGCCCUGGGAGGUGGCAAAAACAGAGUGUGCUUUCCUUCUGCUCUCUGGUUCCAGGACAACAGUCUCUAAGUUUGUCAAACUUCUUAGAUACACAGGACGAUGUCCAUAACUAGUUAUAUCAGGAGUAUACACAACUGAAAUCAGUAAAUGUAGCCCCUGUUGAUUUCAGUGGUUCUACUCUGAGUAUGAAUAACAUGGCCUAGCACCCAUAUACUUUUAAUAAGACGUGCUUAAAAGAUGCUGUUAACCUGGGGGAGCUAAAAACACACACACAACUUCCCUUUAAGUAUAGGAGACUGGCCUACCACAAAACUCCAAGGGGGAGGUAUGACUAUUUCCUUGCCAAAAAACAACUGGGAAACUACUUUUCUCCUUAUCUGUAUCAACCUUCAGAGACAUGGGAGAGCAUUUGAGAGACUGACUUAUAGCACUAUGAUCAUUAGUGCUCAUUGAAAUCUCAUUGCAUUCAAGGAAAUCAGAGGAUCAUGGUUAGUUGUGGGAAAUUGUUUCCUGUACAAUUUGACACCUCUUAAGAUAAUGUAACCAAAUUUUGCAUGACAGUUCCUGAGUCCUAAGAGAAGGUUUUUCUAUGUUACUUCCUCUUGAAAUCAGUGAGGCUUAAAUUUAAAGCUCCUGUUUAAAACUUACCUUUAAAGCAUUUACAUUUUGAUCUCAAGUAUGUUGAGGUUGAUGCUGCUCAUUUAAAUGGAUGAUUAAACCAUCUAUGGCUUUUAAACUGUGGAGGUGGGGUAACGUUACAACAUUAUGUAUUUUUUCGUGUUUUUAUGUUGUAAGCUGCCUGUGAGCUUUGGAUAAAUGAUGGUAUAGAAAUUUAAUAAAUUAUAAUGAAAUAAUAAAAAUAGCUAAUAAUAAAAAAAAUAAAUUUAGCCUAUGGGGGUUGAGUAUGCAUAAUUGGUAUUUUUAAAUAUUUUAAAGCAAUACAUAUAUGUUUAACUUUAAGCAAAAUUAGAUGAGCACUCACACGCAAGUCAUGGAUAUUCUACUGUUACCUGUUGAAAUAUUUUUCUUUCUACAGAUAUCAAGCCAGCAAAUGUAUUCAUUACAGCUACAGGAGUAGUAAAACUUGGUGAUCUUGGAUUGGGAAGGUUUUUCAGCUCUAAAACCACGGCUGCUCAUUCUUUAGGUCAGAGAGAUUUCCUUGAUUGUAAAAUGAUGUAUGUUCACACCUGUAAAUGGCCCUCCCUGCCCCACAUGAAUUACUGGAAGGGUCAGCAAGAGGAAGUGGCCCUGCAGAGGAUGACACUCAUUUCAGGGACUGAAAUCCUGGACCUUGUCAGUCAAGUGAGGCAUUCCCAUGGAAUCAUAGUAGCUGAUGAUGAUGUGGUGGUUUUUGAGGUUUCUUGCAGCCACUGUGUAAACAGUUCCCAUAUGGAAGAGGUGCCUCAUAACAACCCCGGGCCACAGCACCCUACAACUUUUGCAUUGAGGACUCGGGUGGGCCCCAAGAGGGACUCUCCUAUUUUAUUUUAGAUUGCAUAGUAGCAAUCUUUCGUUUUGUACAGUGUUCCCUCUUUUGCUUCCCUUUAGAGUGGUGGACUUCUCGGGGUGACAGACCUGCGGUGGAUUCCUCUUGAUCAUAGAGCAGAGAGUUUAUGUCGGAUGCAUUUUACAAUUUACCUCUAAUUGGCAUUGGCACAUUGCAAAAGUCCAGCAGAAAAAGAUAAUAAGAACGGGCAUUCAGAGCUAUGUUCAAGAUCCGACUAGUACAACAAAUGCUCUUGAAAAAGCUCACAGGCAGGGCUAGAUAGUGAAAACUCUCCCCACUACUUAAUUGCCCAUACCUGGUAAUCAGAAGCAUAUUCUCCUCCAGAUGCAAAUAUUUCAUUUCUAGUUAACAACUAUUGAUAGACCUUUCCCCAUUGGAUGUUUUGAAGAGCCUUUUAAAGGGAGUUUAUGCUAGUAGCCUUCACAAGAUCCAUUCUUGUGGCAAUGAACUCCAUGGUUAAUUAUGCAGUGGAUGGAGAAAGGUUUGCUUUUACUUUUACCAUGGCAUCACCCGGGUUUGGUAUAUGGCCUUCCCACACCCUCUGGUAUUCAAAGAAGAGUGACAGAAAGCACAUUUGAAAAAACCUAAGUUGUCUUUUUUGUUAAACUUGCCUCAGUAGGACGUAUCAGCUCUUCCCUGCUCCCACCCCAUUUAUUGUGUGAAGUCAGAAGGUUCUUAUUUAAAUGCUUCCGUUUGUAUUAUAGUUAAAGUGUUAGAAUAGGCUAAACUCUGCAGAAUUCAAGCAUUUGUUCUUCUUUCCCCCUGUCAUCAAUCUUUCACACUCAUCUCAACCCCCUAAUGUAACAGCAGGUUUCUGAGAACUACUGGUUAAAGGAACUUUUGCUUUUGGUAAACUACAAACCUCCAAGCCUUAGUGCUUGCAGCUGCCCCCUGUAGAGUCUGCAAAUUCUUUCUCCACCAAUUCCUCACCCUGUAAGCAGCAGAUAUGUAGCCUGUUACAAGCCAGAUCUGCUAUUAGUAUUGUUAUUGUGAAGCAAAUCGUGUCAUUGGAGGUUGUACCAUAAACACAGCAACAACUGUGACUUUAUCAGCAGAUCAGUGUUGGGUAGUCUUUUCCAGCUCAAAUCACUAUCAAGAAAGUUAAUUUUAAGAAUGCUGCAGUUUUAUCUUGCUAAAUUGCAGUGUCAUUUAAAUUUCUCAGUUUCUUUUUGACACAGCAUCAGAACCUCCUGGAAUAUGAAAGCCCAUAAAAUGGCCCAGGGGCCUGUCUACACAUUACAGUCUUUUUACACUGCUGCGCGUGGCAGCUCUUGCCACUUUGUGAAGUGUUUGGAUCAGCAAACAGAUAAAGCUGGGUUUUUUUUCAUCACACCAGAUCAUCCUGCUAAAUUCUUUUAGCGUUUUGGGACAAGCAGCCCUGGAACACAAGUGAGGAGUUUCCGUAUUUGAGCGGCUUGCCAUGUGGAAAUGCAGGGUGGCUUAAAAGGAGAUCUACACCCAUGCCCUGAAAUGUAAACUAGCCCUACGUGCCAAUAUUGUUUUAGGAUACAGUCCUAUAUAUGCUUACUGAGUAAACCCCAUUGAACUUAAUGCGGCUUACUUUUGAGAGGGCAUGCAUAGAAUGGUACUGUUCAUACAUUUUUAGGAAAUAUGUAAACAAACUUUUAAGGGGCCAAGAACCAUGACUUCAUUAGUUAGUUAUUCUUGGCGUUUUAGAACAUUUAUCCAUAACCUAUGAAACCUUUGACUUUCUAAUCCACUUUUGAGCUGUGCUGUUCUACUCCUGUCUUAAGGCUCAUCCACACUUCUGCUUGUCCCAUGCCUAGAAAGUGGUUUUCUGACUGUCCCGUUCUUUCUAGGCACAUGUCCUGCCACUUUCCCUUGGAAAAUCCAGUUGUCACUCCUUUCCCUUACCAUUCCUGUCAAUACUUCAGAUACUCUUAUAGUGCAAUCCUAUGUGUGUCUACUCAGAAGUAGGAUCCACUGUGUUCAGUGGGGCAUACUCACUUGUAAAUGUGUUUGAUUGCAGCCCCUAUUAUUAUUAUUAUUAUUAUUAUUAUUAUUAUUGAAAUGCCCCAUACUUGAAUGAUAGAAAGCAGAUGAAUUGAAAAAUACUUCUGUUGUUCCAGCAGGGAUAGGAUACUGAAAAAUAUUACAAGAGAUUGGAAAUUCAUAACAUUAAUAUUGAUUUAUAUAAAGGUCUGAAUUACUAAAUCACUUCCUGAUAAUUCUGCAAGUUUUAUCUUCAUUUUUUAAAACAGCUUAUCAUAGAAGUCGACUCUAUAAAAUAGGGCUAAGGUUGCCUGAAAUGAGAUUAAAUUCAUUUACAAUAUCCCUCUGUAUUGUCUCUUUGUAUAUUUGUUAAUAAUUGUGCAAUUAUAUUUUUUUUCAACCAAAAUAUUGGAAUGUAUAUUGCUUGAAAGCAUUGUGAUGAAGUUUUAAGUGUUCAUUUUUUAAAAUUAUAUUUCCAUAUUGGUUGCAGUGGGAACACCUUAUUACAUGUCUCCAGAGAGAAUCCAUGAAAAUGGGUACAACUUCAAAUCAGACAUUUGGUCUCUAGGAUGUCUCUUGUAUGAGGUAAUACUUUUUUAACUUGUACACCUUACUUAUUGGUGAGUGAUGUUUUCAAAAGUCUUUCUGUAUCUGUCUUAAGAUCCCACUAUUCAUUUUUACGUCUAUUAACCACUUGGUGAUAAAGUAGUAUUAAGCAAAAGUGUAGAAGCUUAACCUUUUACUGCUGAGCAUGAUAAAAUUUACAUACAUUCCUCAAUCCUGAAUGAAUCUGUUGCAGAAUUUUGCCAUAAAUUUCAGCUCAGAAUGGUUCACCUCCUGAAUUAGAAAUGAUCUAUUCUUGGCACUGCAUCCUUAGACUUGCACACAUUCCAUAGCAUAGCUAGCUGUGAACAGAAACCUGCCCACCAUAUCCACACUAAGGUUGUAGUAGAACUGACACUGCUUAUACCAGCCUACCUUUUUAAAUCAGUGUAAAAAAAUUCUGCUAAAAACUGAACCUUUAAAAUAUUGCAUUCUCAAAAGUUGCUGAUCAUUUCUGGUUAAGAUUGGUGGGUGCAAUGGGUAACAGGGGUUCCUGUACCUUUUAAGAGUUGCAUAAGGAGCUGUCAAAAUGUUUGCAGUUAUUAAAGCCACAAAAUUACUGUCAGAUUAAUUGAUAUAUCUGGUAAGCAUACCUCCUAAAAGAUAAGCAGGAAAGUAACACUAUGAGCAGGUAUUCAUUCAAUCAUUCACUCAUGCACAUGAUAAUUACAGUGCCAACCUGUCCUGUGGCUUAAUACUAAUUAUACAGGAAUCAACAAGAUAACCAAGCUGAACCAAAUCCUUCAGGACAUGCACAGCUGCUCCUAAGGUUCUCCCACUGUGCUUUACAACUUCUACCCAAAUGCUCUCCAGAGAGGCCCUCCCAGCUCAAAAGCAUCCAGGUGAAGUAACAAACCACCUGCCUCCAUGAUUCAGCAGAACUCACUAAAACUACCCAUCAGGAGAAACACCUGCUAAUGCAGAAUUGGGAUUUUGUGAAUUGUCUCUUUAUAUCCAUGGCAAACAUUAUUGUUUUCUUUGUAACCAACUCAGUGCCCCUUCUAACCAUAUAAACAAUGGCUACCUCAAGUACCUUUUGAGAUUUGAAUUUUUCAUCCUGGGGCUUGGGUGUUUUCACAUUAAAAAACAAACAGUAUUAGGCCCCUGCUCUUCAUGGGGAACCACUUAAUACUGAUUCAGCAGCACCCAUAGAGAACCUAGUGGAUGCUCAAAGAAAUGGCAUCCUCUGUGCAACUUACUGGCAGCUUACUCUGGUGUGAUUCUUUCAGUAGAAAAAAUGUUAAGAAAACAUAUUGUGCACUCACAUAUUUUUGAUUUUAAUUUCUGAUCCAGAAUGUGCCUCAAUUUUUGAAAUGGAAAGCUGUAUGAUUUGGUUUGGAAUUCAAAAGUCUUUUUUGGCUGUGUAGAAUGGAAUUUAAUGUAGAUUUUAAAAUAUUUAUCAAAAUAACGUAUUCUAAUCAAAUAAAAGCCUCAUGGAAGAAUUCCUUUAGACAUUUAUGUGGAUCAGGAUAGGGAUUUUGUGAACCCCUGUUUUCUCUUAUGCUUCCUGUUAUAAAAUUGUGACCUUUAAUGAAAUUAACAACUGCAUUUUGUAUUGCCAGUACUUUCAUUGCUUUUUUCAUUUAUCAUUGCAGUGUGUUGAUUGUUUUGUAUUGUAUUACUGCAGAUAGUUAGGAUAUAAUUAGUGAGGUCAUGUUAUGAAGGAUGGCAAUAGGUUGAUAAUAAGCUUCAGGUUUUAGUGAAAUCACUCCUCAGAUUUACUGAUUUAGCAAGAGGAUCCUUGCUACGUAGGAGAGUAAAUACAAAUGUUGUGCUGGUAUACAAACAGGUGCAAAUGUUAAGAUCCAUGAUUAUAAGAUCUGUUCCUUCUUCUCUUAAAAAUUAAUCCACAGUCCAAUUUUAUUUGGCUAUCAACAGAUUUUACUCACUUGAAAUUCAUUCAGCUGUUGAUCUCGUUGAAUGGAAUCAUCCAGUGCUUCCAAUUAUUUGUAAUAAGGAUCCUAUUUGUAAUAAUUAUUUGUAAUAAGAAUGGCUAACCCACAAAACAGUUAAUCGAGAGCAGUUUAAUUUUAGCCAGUUUACGUCUAUUACCAUCAAUGGGACUGAUAAAGUAUGAGUAUUUCAGUUCAACAAUUCUCUGAAAUUGAUUUUUUUUUUUACCUGUCUAACAUAAAAUGCCCUUUAAAAUGUUUUAAUUACUUCCAUGUUUGGUGCAUUUGUUCAUGUUUAUCUUCAGAUUAAAGAUAGGGAAACUGUUCAUGAAAUCUCCAUAAAGGUCCAAGUGACUAUGUUUCACUAGUUAAUUUGUGGCAGUUGAUUGGAUUUUCAGCUAAACCUAAUGUUUGGUUUAUUUUCUGUUUCUGGCUGCUGUAUGGCGGAUCACUUACAGUUUAAUAACAAUUACUGACUUUCCUUAUUAUGAAGAUUUUUUUCUUCCAAGGUUCAUUUUACAACAGGAAAAUUAUACUUUCAAAUAUGCCUGAGAUAUCAAAAAAUAAUAAUAAUUAAAUAACCACCCCAAAACACACUCUAAUCACUGCGGUUUUAAUUGAUAUGCAACAAAGUAGACUUUACUAAUUAAAAUCAAGAUGCCAUGCUUUUGCUACAUGGACCUUUACAUGGAAAAGUAGGUUUUACACAUUUCCUUUAUUGUUCAGUGCAGCAAUUGCAUUCUUACAGGGUCGUAGGUUGGUGGCUUACAGCUCCCCCCCAAAAAAAGAGUGGGAGAGAGAGAGAGAGCUCACGUUGCCACCAGCCCUGAAGACAGACAGUGGGCUUUCGUCCCUCAGACACCCCCAGAAUACUAAUCAGGAAAGUCAGACCCUGGAGGUCAGGGAGCAAGUCAAUCAUUCUAGCGAUCGUCUCAGUGUGGAGGAUCAAAUUAGCCUGAAAAAUUCAGCUGCUGGGAGGAGAGGGCGAGCAGCUGUCAGGGGCAGCAGCGAGAUGCACUAAUGAACCAGAUGAAUAGUGCAAAAGCUUGAAAAUAAAAACAGGACAGUUGACAUUUUUCAUCUGUCAAAGCAGGAGAUGCAUGAAAAUAUAGUAUUCCUGUUUUAACUCCUUAGGGGACAUUCAGCUUUUCUUUCUUUCUUUCCCCCCCUUUUUUUAACACUCUGCAGCAUUCAAACAAGAGUACUUUUUAAUGAACACCUAGCGUACCAACACACAGGAUCUCUGCAUUUAUUUUGAAUUUCCUGCAUUUCGUGCAGGUUCUGCUGUUGGAAUUCCUGGCUUUGUUUUUUUUUGUUGUGCAUAAAGGGGGCAAAAAACGCUGCAUGAAUUACCUUGUUUCAAGAUUUAAUAUUAUGGGGCCGGUACAGUUUGCAAACCGCUUUUCUUGAGAGCCUUAAUCCCUUUGCUCUUAGGGGUUUUAAAAAGAGAAUGCAAUAUUUAUGGUAUCCAAUUAGUGCACGCACAGCUGUAAUGGAUUUUGAGAUCCUUGCUGUAAAAUCCUUGCCUUCAUGUCCAUUUGGGAAGAUUCCUUCCCAAAGUCUCCUUUAUCAAUAAUGCCGUGGCUAAUAUUUUGCAGCUUUCUUUUGGUUGCGAAGGAGUUAAAUGUUCUAUCUGGAAGACCACAAGACAGAUGAGAGCCAUUUUCAGCUUGUCCUGUCCCUGCUGAAGCUCACUGAGUAGCACAGCAUGGACUAGCGUGUUUCACACACACUCUGCCUGUCUGGGGAAUGUACACAUUGUCCUUCCAAAAUCAAACUUAUUAGCACAUGUAGAAAAGGGUGACUGACUUUGGGGCAGCAUCGCACUCCAAGCAGUGCUCACACCGCUGCGGUUCAGAGAUUUAAAGCGUUUGGAAGGCAGUACGAACAUUUUUUUUUUUAAUAAAAAAAAAAUCCCUGUAAAGUUAGCAAUCCCACCACAGUAUCUGUUUGCCUUUGUAAACUCGGGCUAUCUUCAAAUAAACAUUAGGUGCACUAAUGAUAUUUUAAAGUUCUUACUUUAAAGGUUCCUUGCCAAAAGAUAAUGGUAAAUUUCUUAAGUGUACAUGAAACCAGAAUUAUGCCUGCAACAUAGCAUGCUUGUGAGGAUUUGUUUUCAUAUUAAAUCAAGUGUUGAUGCGUGUAUCAACUUGCAUUUCUGCUUCCAGCAUAUGUCUUUGGGGUUUGGUAUGCACAGAGGACAGAAGCUGCAGUUCCGCACCAAAUUUCAUUCUGCUGAAACCAGUUUUGAAUAAAAAUUGCUUUCUUACCUUAAAUUUAGAAAUUACAUUUUAAAGAACUAAGCAGAUAGUGAAAUGGCAAAUUCAAAAAAGCCAAAUGGUAACAAAGGGAGUAGUAUACGCAUAAAAAGCAAAAGGGUUAAAGUUUCUGAAACCAGCCAAAAGAUUAGACUCAGGAUCGAUUUUAGCAUUAUCCUCACAAUCGCCAGAGACUGUAUCCUUUGGGUAAUGGCCAUAGUUCAGUAGGAAGGCAUCUACUUUGCAUGCAAAUGGUCUCAGAUUAAGCCCUUAGCAUAACCAGGUAGGGAUGGGAAAGUCUGUUGUCUGAAGUUCUGAAGGCUCCUACCUGUCAGUGCAGACAACAUUCAGUUAGAUAGACCAGCAGCCUGAUGUAGUAUAAGGCAGCAUCCUUCCCAGAUUGAUGAGUUGUCCAGGGUCUACAAAAGCAAUUGGGAGUUCAAGCAAAACAUGGAUGACUCAACUUAUUUCAGCGUGGUCUUACUCACCCAUGGUGGUGUCCUCUGUAAACUGGAACUUGCACAAAGUUCCCAAAAAGAAGGUGGGCUCCAAACGGAAAUAAAUAGUUUACAAAAGUACUUUAUGGCUUUGCAGACUACGCAGCAAUAUUUCAUUCUUUAAAGCAUAGGGGAUCAUCUAGGAGGAAUAUGGUCAUGAUCCAAAGAACAAUUUAGCUGUACUCAUGGGGGUUACAGUGGGAUCCCCCAGUGGGAUUCUAAACAUUUUUCAGCCAUCAUGCCAUAUCACAAAUUGGUUUUGAGAACCCUGUCUGUUUCAGAAUUAGUUUUCCAUUUUCCAUGGUGGUGGUGGUGGGUGGGUAGGGAGGGCAGUGUGCUAUUUGAAAAAUGCAAGCCUAGAGCAGAACUUGUUGUACAGUUCUUUUAGAUUCUGAUCAGAAUUCUCAUUUUAAAAUUAGAUCUUUAUUUGUAUGGUGAGUCCUACAAAGUCAGUAUUGGUGAAUAAUAAUCUGGUUUCAGAAAGACAUGUCAGUUAAAUAUAUAAACAGACUGUAACAUUACAGAAACCAGCUUCACUUGCAUUAGGCACACACCCUUCAAAAAACAAUUGAGAAACAAAUAUAAUGAAGUUAAGGGCAGUGAAGAUCACAAGAAGUUGACGUAACAUGUUUUCCAUUUAAAAAUUAAACUGGGCCUUUCGAAACAAAAAGUAGUUCCUUGAAAAUAUACUUAUUUCUCCUAACCACACACACAAAUUAAAAAUUAAAAAUCACAAAAAAAAUCCAAGAUACAUUUUAUUUUGUUUUAAUUCCACACAGAUGGCUGCACUGCAGAGUCCAUUCUAUGGUGACAAAAUGAAUCUGUAUUCCUUAUGUAAAAAGAUUGAACAAUGUGACUAUCCACCUCUUCCAUCAGAUCACUACUCAGAAGAGGUAAGUAGCACCACUCUCUGUGGUAUAUUUGAAGUUAGAGGUAUGAGUACUUGAUGAAUAUUGAAUAGUGCCUUUAAAAAAAAAAGUUUCCAGUUUAUACUGGGAUCUGGGUAUGUUCUUGCACAAGCAUAGCUUAUGCAUGAGAACAUCUUCACGACCUUCUUGUUUGUAUUGUGGGCUCAACAGUGUGCCAGUUUUUUUCCUUGAUCCCUGAAUAUGCUUCCUCAAGAGAAUGGUGUGCUUUCAACAUUGUGGCAGGUUUGAAGCUGAAAUUUUCACAUGCAGAAGAGUCGAAGGAGAUGGCUGUAAGGCAAUACAUAAUACUUUAGAGUGGUCCUGUCUCCUCCUUCUAAUACAAGAGAUUAAAAUUUGAAUGAUGCUGUGUAGGAGAAGCCACUCACAGUUGAUGCAGAAAACCCAAAACCUUAAUAGCAUCUGCUUCGGUUUGCUACAAAUGAACAGCAGGAUUUUCUUUUAUUCACCUGUAUGGGAGCAUUGGUAUUAUCUUGUGCUAGCAAGUGUCUUCUGAAUUCAUCUUCUUUUGGUGUUCUCAUGAGAACUAAUCACCCUUCUGAUAACUUCAUGGAGGAAUGAGACUCCCCACCAGUUCACCUGCCAACAUAGAUGUGAUCCAAAGGUAAUUAGGCAUUCUCAUGUCAUAGCCAUGUUUCCCCUGAACCCCAUAAAGAAUGCUUGUAUUCAAUAUUGUUGGAAUAAUACCUUCACAGGCUUAGUCCCCAUCCAUGGAUUACCCUAAAGCCAUAUGGAUUACCAUAAGGCAUAAUGUGAGUUUCUCAUUCCUGACCAAAACUUUCCUGUCAAGGAAAGUCAAGGAGCUUAAUCUCAGAGCUCAGGUCCCUUUACCAAGAGAAGGUGCUGGACAUGGAAUGGGAACCCUGUAUAUCCCUUCCAUUCUCUAUGGCAGAAUGUGCAUAUGUCUUUGUAUACCUGUAGAAAACACAGGGUUCCAGUCUGCGAUAUAGAGGCUUCUCUGCAUUCUCAGGAGAGGACCAUGCACUGAGAGUCAAGGAUUAAGGCCUGUUCCCAUAGUGGUGAACUUGUGCUACUGAUAAUUCAUUUUGAUUUAGAUGGUGAGGAUUGCAAAAUACUGAUUAGCAGCAAAAGCAUAUGUAAAACACAUUCUUGCUAACUAAUGCAAGAAGACACAGGAAGAACAUACGUUUCUUCAGUAUAUGAAAAAGUGUGUGUAUGCUUGUGUGUGCGUAAUUCUUUUAUCUUGUAAUGAAAUAUUCUCAAAGUUUGAACUAGGUAAGAUAAUAGCAGCUGCAAGCCAACAAAGAGGCUACAGUAACUUAUUCUAGUUCAAUGUACAUGAAUUAAAGAUUAUGUUGAAAUGCACAUAAAUGUCCUCUCUGAAAUAUGUUUUGUAAGUAUUAAAGCUUUGCGCUGCUUACAGAAUGGGGAGUAACUUGUAAUUCAAAACCUUGAAUCCUCUUGCUUUCAAGAUUUCGAUUAUUAAUAAAAGAUUGCAGUCCAGGAAUUUUUGGUCUUUUAAACAUUCUUUGUCAUAUAUAGGGUGACAAUUUGUAUUUUUAUUAUAGUGACAAUUGGAACACAGAGCGGUUUGUUUUGUUUUGUUUUUAGAAAGAUGAUUAGAAUUACUUUUUGAGGUGGAGAUUUACCACCCAUUAAUUUGCAAAACCUUUCCUUAAUGUAGUCUUCCCAAUUAACUCUUUUUUUCCAGUGGCCAUUUUUAAUUAUUACGUUUUUGUGGAAUAUAAAUAUGGCACUUCGUAUAGGCAACUUCAGAACCGGAGGCCUAGAAAUACAGUAGGGUGUGAACAAUAAUGCAAAAUGAUAGCAAGAAUGUCAGGGGCCGUUCUUUGUUGUGUCAUUCAUGCUGUCUUCCUUUUUCCACGAAGCGCAUGAAUAUUUCACGUAUCUGCAUCCUCAUCCUCUAUUCUUCUUGACUAAUUUUCAGACUGUCUGAAUUUGCAUUUCACAUGGUAGCUGAUUAGGAGAUGCCGAGUGCAGCAGUGAAGCCUCAGCAGGCGGUUGCCAUGGUGACCUUCAGCAGGAUUUUAAUGAUGAUGCCACUAGUGGUUCGUUGAAGUCGGCCUGCCUGGAGGGCUACUUCACUGCAGCUAAGUGUGAAGUUGGAUAUAUGGAUUCUCAGCCAAGGGGCAAAUAUCAAAGUCCGGCUCUGAUAGAAGGUCUUGGUACUGGGAAAGAGAAAUAAGAUUCCACCCUUUUUUUAUUAACUUAGUUUGCAUAGUUCCAGGUUAGGAAGGGGUGGGUGGAAUCACACACACACACACACACAAAACAACAACAACAACCAUGUUGUAUAUUUCCCCCAUGCACAAAGAGGGAGAUUUACAUUAACACCCAUUAAAAAAAAAUCAUUUAUCCAUCCAACAGCAAUAAAGAGAGCAAAUUGUGCUGUUCCAUUAAUAAAUAAUUUCUUAAGAAAAGAAGUGGCCUUCGGAGCAGAAGGAGUUGCUUUGAACCCGUUGUCCCUUAAAAAUCAUGUGUGGUAUAAAACAUUUUUUUAUGAAAUAUAUUUUAAGAUUUUUCCCUCUGCCUCUAAUAAUAUAGUUUUAAUUGUGAAAGUCUUGUUUAGAACUGCAGAGGAGGAACUAGGCUAAAGUGUGUCUGCCAGACUGCAGCAGCAGCAUCCUAAAGACUUCUCGAAAAUUUAGACUUCAAACCCGUUAUCCAGGUUGAAAAGUGCUCUUGGUUGAGCUGCUGAGUUCAGGGUUCACUGAACAACGAAAUCCGCUUGAAUUUUUUAUGCGAAUAAAUUUUAUGAAGGAAUAAAAUUACUUUGCAUUAGCUUCUGUCUGCUUUCAUAGAAGAACAUUUAAAAAAGAAAUAAACCCUUUAACCACAGAAUAGUACUCUUAAGAUCAGUUUCUAAAACAGAUAUACUUUUUUUCUUUCUUUUUGGCAGUGAAAUCAUCAGUUGCUUUUGUUUUUUCUGGGUUCUGGAUCUGAUGUGUGUACUUGUGUUAAUACAAACCCAUUUUGUCUACUAGCACCCUUUUUCACAUGCCAUGACAGUGCGCACUGUUUGCAAACUCAGUUGUGGCAAUGUUACCUCCUUUCUUCUCUGAACUCCUUCCUGCCAAAAGUUCGGCUCGUUCCUUAAACCCAUCAUGCUGACAACUACUUUUUAUUUUAUUUUAUUUUAUUUUAUUUUUGAGUGGUUGGAAUGCUCCUAGGCUUUCCAUAACACCACAGCUGCUGAAUCAAAAGGAUGGAGAGGUCUCAUUUCAGUAUAUUGAAGCUUAUCCAAUUGCCACAAAGGUUUCAAAAUCUGCAAAUUGCUUUUUGAUUUUGUUCGUUCUUUGCUUUCAGUGAAUUUAUUUGGUGGGGGUGGGACAUAUUUGGGGGAAAACCCAGUCUUUUCUUACAAAUCUGAGCACUAAUUUGAAACAUCCCUUUUCUACAAUCCUAGUAAGACAUAUUCCAAAGCUAGCUUUGACUGCAACAAAUAAAUAUAUAGAUACAAUGAAAAAACCCUACCCUAGAUACUAAUGAGAAUUCCACUUGCAGAAGAGUCUGCCAGGGUUGCUUUUGGGACCCUUUCCUUUUUAUUUUCUCUAUCAAUGAUGAUGUGGAAGAAUUUGAUGGCAGUGAGAUUGUUUUACCCAAAGUUUACAGUUCUCUUUUAUGUUGUGCUAUUCUUAUUUUAUCCGUUACAUUGACCACGUAGCUUUCGCAAUGUGGACCUCGGCAGGAACGUUUAAGUUACUUCAGACAGUGGUUCCCAAUUAGCUAAUUACUGAGAACCCCUAUUUUUCAAAAGCCAAGCCAUGAACCCCCUACUUUUGAAAAAAAUUGAUAGCUAUGUUAGUUACAGUAGUUUAUUCUGUGAUCCACCCUGAGACGGUAUAUAAAUUUAAUUAAUUAAUAAUAAAAUAGUAAUACCUCUGCAAAGCAGUUUUUGGAACAAAAUGUGGGGUAGCCCCUAGUAAGCAAAAGAUUUUAGGUAUACUAAAAACAGACUUGGGUUGAGCGAUAUCUGGUUUUCAACAUUGCGAUAUAUCGGCAGCUGAACAUCAUGAUAUUCUGAUAUAUCACAGUGUCUGAAAUUGGAGACUGGGGAUGAGGGAAGGAGCAGUGACGGAGAUCAGGUGGGUGGGGGGGAAGAGAGGAAGGGGAGUCAUCUUCACCCCAUGGUUUGAGUGGGGGGGUGCAUCAGGCCGCCGUCAGCAGGGCAGCCAGUGAAGAUGCAAGUCCACUGUGGCUGUUGCGGCUUUCCUGCUGACUGAGAAAAUCUGCUCCGCCUCAGUGCCAGGGGAAGGUAGUGCCCGGUGUCUUGAAAUGAGGGUGAUCAGCUGCCCUGUUUUCCCUCAGCAUGAGGGAAGGCAACUUAGAUCAUCAUGCGAUAUCGGCGGUGCCUUGAAAUUGCUCUCCCUCGCAUGAGGAGCAAUAUAUUUAUUGCUAAAGGUAAAGGGACCCCUAACCGUUAGGUCCAGUUGCGGGCGACUCUGGAGUUGCAGCACUCAUCUCGCUUUACUGGCCGAGGGAGCCGGUGUUUUGUCCACAGACAUCUUCUGGGUCAUGUGGCCAGCAGGACUAAGCAGCUUCUGGCGAACCAGAGCAGUGCACGGAAAUGCCGUUUACCUUCCCGCCGGAGCAGUACCUAUUUAUCUACUUGCACUUUGAUGUACAGUGGUGCCCCGCAAGACGAAUGCCUCGCAAGACGAAAAACUCGCUAGAUGAAAGGGUUUUGCAUUUUUUGAGUCGUUCCGCAAGACGAAUUUCCCUAUGGGCUUGCUUCGCAAGACGAAACGUCUUGCGAGUUCUUGCAAGUUUGUUUCCUUUUUCUUAAAGCCGCUAAGCCGUUAAUAGCCGCUAAGCCGCUAAUAGCCGUGCUUCGCAAGACGAAAAAACCGCAAGACGAAGAGACUCGCGGAACGGAUUAAUUUCAUCUUGCGAGGCACCACUGUACUUUCAAACUGCUAGGUUGGCAGAAGCAGGGACCGAUCAACGGGAGCUCACCCUGUCGCGGGGAUUCGAACCGCCGACCUUCUGAUCGGAUUUCAAAACCAAUUUUGGCCAAUAUAUUGAAAAACCGCACAGUGCUAAAACAGACCAUAAAACCUUUGAUAUUACCAUGCAAAAAUGACAAAAAAUUAGCUUGGAGGGAGGGAAAGGAUGGGGCUGCGGACCCCCUGAAUGCGUUCCACGGAUACCCAGGGGUCGCCAGACCCCCUAAUUGGGAAACAUUGCCUUAGGACAUUGUUGGAGUUCUGCAAAACAGAGCACUUGGUUGUUAAUGCACAGAAGAUAAAAGCUGGUUCUCUCAUACAUGCAUUGAUGACAAGUGCUGACCUGUACGUGUGAAUGAGCAAUCGCAGAUUAACUGCCUCACAGUGGACUUUUGUUUCAUUCAUUUAUACAUUUCAUUGGAGACCUUCACAUGUUCAGCUAAGUGUUGCACAAUCAAAUGACAGAUGGCAAAUCUAGUAAUUUACCUGCCAACCAGUCAGUUGCUAAUGAUGCUCUUUAGGAGAUGGAAAACAUUAUACAUGUGUGUCCCUAGAGCAGGGUCCCAAAAUGAAACAGACCUACAUUUCCCCUCACCACUGUGUGGAACAAGCAUUGCUAGUUAUCAAAAGCCAAGAGACACCUGUGUGCUUAACAAAAGUACUCUGCAUGUUCAGCCUCCCCCUCCCCUUCCAUAAAGGAGAAGGAACACGCAGAGCAGGCAUUUGUGUGAUUAGGCAUCCAACUCUGCUCAGGUGAGGUUUAGCUGCAUAUUGGAGAAACUGCAAGGGGUAGGAGGUGAUCUUGCUUGAGCACACAAAACCCUGUUAAAUCAGACUAAAGGUUUAUCUAGUCCAGAUUCCUGUUUUCCAUAGUGGCCAACCAGCUUAUUUAUGGUGGAUACAAAUCCUUUCAAGGAGAGACUUGCAGAAAACCUUUAAAGCUACAAUAAAUACAGUUAAUGUACUAUAUCAGCUCCUCAAACACUAUAAAACACAUCAGGAUAAAACCAGCAGAAAAGGUCUUGAGGGCAUAAUGGAGCUCCCAAGAGAGAGAGAUAUCCCCAACAUCACUCCCCCCCAACCAAAUAACAGCAUUAAGAUGGAAGCAACAUUAAGAUGGAAGUCCACAAGCAACAUCCCUUUCCAGAUAUUGCAGACCAAGAACUGGUACCAUACUGGCUAUCAGCACAUUUUGUGGUAAUGCGUUCCAUAAAUCAUUCGCUCUUUAAGGAUGCACUUCCUUUCAUCCCUUCUGAACGUCCCCCUAUUCGAUUUCAUUAGAUGGCACAGAGUUUUAAUAUUGUAAGAGAGAGGAAAAAAACUUGUACUUCUAUGUAUGUUUCCUAAACCAUGCAUGUCAUUCUGUCAUGCCUUCCCCAUUACUUUCCUUUUUUCCCUAACCUAAAAAGGCCCAGACAUUGUACCAUUUCCUUGAAGGGAAGAUGCUUCAGCCCACUCAUGUUAUUGGUUAAGCAUCUCCAGACCUUUUCCAUCUCUGCAGUGUCGCUUUUAGAGAUGUGGCAACCAGAACUGUGCACACUAUUGUGCAGCAGAAGUAUGGCCGUUCCACAGAUUUGCAUUGGGCUAUUGCACUGCUGGUAGUUUCCCAGUUGCUUUCUCAAUUACUUCUGGCAUUGAAUUUGCUUUUUUGGCAUUGGCUCAGUCUUCAAUUCAAAACAUUUUUUCCCUUAUGAAGUAUGUAGCCAAACACCUGUUAGCUUCAGAUCAAGACAUUUAUCCUAUCAAAAACCAAAUGAUCAGAGCCUUGUAACAUUAGCUGCUGUUCUUAUGCUUGUACUGGUGAGAAUAUGAGUAGACAAACUUUCUUAUGCCCAGCAAUAUUCUGUUUUUGUAUUGGUUCAAAGUUCAGUGGGCUUCUAAUGAAGAUACAUACACCGUCAUGUGAAAGACAACAAUCCCAUGACUGCAAUCACGGAGCAGGAAUUCUAACACCCCCUCCCCAAACAACUGGAUGGGCAUGAUUUUCUUAAGAACUUUUGAAUUACUAUUCUGAAUGUCAGGUUGGUUCUUUUCCAGGCAAAGUCUCUAUUUUACUCAGAAUCACAAUAUCAUAACUCACAAAUUCCUACAGAAGUUGCUCCCCUCCCCAUCCUGAGUGGACAUAAUAGUCUCUCUCUCUCUCUCUCUCUCUCUCUCUGUGUGUGUGUGUGUGUGUGUGUGUGUGUAGUACAUCUUAGUGAUAAAACAUAUAUGUUACGUGCAGAAUGUCCUGUAGGUUCCAUUCUGUCAUGAAUGGCAAUGUAUUCAGUCUUAGACCUUAGAGGGCCACUGUCACUUGGAAUAGAAAGUUUGGGGCUAGAUGGCCAAUUGUCUAACCUGUCAUGAAGCAGCUUCAUAUAUUAGUAUGCUUAAAAGUUGUGGAGGUGUGUGUGUCAGGGACUGGGCAGAGGAGGAAUGGUGGAGACCACCUCCCCAGCCUGACCCUUCCAGAGAAGAAGACAUUACAACGGGGGUUUGAGGGAGGUCACAGCUCAGAGGAAGAUGAGGGGAAAUGUUGGGAAAUAAUGGGAGAGGAGGAGGAGGCUGGCUGCCAUGUUACCACUAGAAAGCAUUCCAGACCCACCAUCUCCCAGAACCUGGCGAGCCUUAAAAGUAGGAGAGCAAAGAGCUCAAAGACAGAUGGCCCUAAGCAGCAACCGUCAAGGGGGUGGUGCUGUUGACAAAAGAGGAAGUGGGAGAGAAGGGCCAUGGAGAUUUACUUGGGACAACACCAUUAUUCCAAAAGGUUCUACAGUGGUACCUUGGGUUAAGUACUUAAUUCGUUCCGGAGGUCCGUUCUUAACCUGAAGCACCACUAUAGCUAAUGGGGCCUCCUGCUGCCGCUGCGCAGCCGGAGCACGAUUUCUGUUCUCAUCCUGAAGCAAAGUUCUUAACCUGAGGUACUAUUUCUGGGUUAGCAGAGUCUGUAACCUGAAGCGUAUGUAACCUGAAGUGUAUGUAACCCAAGGUACCACUGUAUUCCCAAGCCUCUCUCUGUAAAUAUUGAAUAAAAAGCAGGUGGUAAGGACUUUUCUUAUCCAUUUCUGGCAACCUGCCAUGGGGGUUGGUUCCUCUGCUGCCUGACAGGGGGAAGGUGAAACCAGACCCUUAGUAGCAUCUUUUUAAGGAGUAAUACGUUAGGUGAAUACCUUCUGCUUAGGAAUAAGCAAUGUUUCUUUCUGCUUUAAAUCCAAGUUCUCCGCCAUCGCAGGCGUUUCCAAACACUGGCUUGCCUGUGUCAGCCUUUUUUUUUUGGUCCCUUUUUAUGACUUGAGGGACACUGAGUCCCCCCCACCCUUGGAGUCUGACAAACCUGUUAAAGUAAAAAGAAAUGUGUCCCGCUGCUCCCCACUACCAGGCUAAGCUCCAGGCAAAAUACUGUCAUUGUGCUAAGUUCACAGAGGAGGUUAAGGAGAAUAAGCCGAGCCGAAGGAGACUGCUGCUCAGAGAUGCAACAGGAGCCUUCCCAGUCUUAGGUACUGUCCCAGUCUGCCUUUCGUAGAGCAUGCUGGUCAUCCCAUACCAGACUAGAAUAUAUUGCUGUCCUGACAUCUCGGCUCAGCCUAAUUCACAUUAGCAUCCCCCAGGUCAGCUGAAUGCAAUGGAUGCUACUAGCUCCAUAUUAAAUAGGGAACCUUCCUGACUUUAUGGAAAUGGAUAUUCCUGACAAUAGGCAAAGGCAUUGCAAUCCCGUAUUCAGCAAGAAGUCAUUGUCUUUCCACACACCUUAGAAAAGAACAUUCUGUGUUUUGUGCUUUUAGGGAAGAUGUUUCAUGGAAGUAAUGUGCAUUCGGGCAAUAGGAUGGGAGCCGUUUUUUUCAGCUUUGACAAAUACUUCAGAGUUCAUACUUAGAAAGAUUUAAGGGGAGUCUGCCUCGAUCACUUUCUCUCCUGUAGAGCUCAUGGCAUCUACCCAAAGUCUCAGUUUCUUCUGCAGUUUAGAUGCCAGGUUUGUAGCUUCAUCCCCAGCCCAAGUCCGUGUUUAAGAUAUUCAAAAUAGGAGUAAGCAGCGGCUUAUUUUUUUCCCUUUCCAUGCUUCUUCAGCAUAAACCAGCCAUCUUGAUCAGCAGGAAAUAAAUACAUUCAUAUACAUACAUACAUACAUACAUACAGCUUCCCCUUGCAGACUUAGGAUAUCUAGAUUAUAGGAAACAUUCCUGAUAUGCAUUAAUAAUUAAUAAUUAUGAAUAAAUAAUUUUACACUUUACCUUUUUUUAAAAAAGGAACUCCUGACACUUUUCAAUUUGUCCUACAACAUUAAUUUUACACAUAUAUAUUUCCUCUUCUGCAUAGCAGCCUACAAGCAGCAGCCCAUCAGUAGAUAAAAUACCUGUGGCAUGCGUGAAAUACUACAAAGUUCUUUCAGGAUCUGCCCAAAAGGGUUCUCUUUGCGGAGCUGAAACCUUCGUUUCUCAGAAAUCUCUUGCCUGCCUGCCAUGUAAGCAGUCUGCAAAGCGUUCAGCCAUUGACUGCCUCUUGGCUAAGCGUACUAAUACACUGCUCUUGUCGGCUGCAAUAUAUUAUCAACCCCUUGCAUCUUCCUGUGGCAGAUCAUGUAGCUUUCCUAUUGCAUCUUGGGUCAUCUCCUUCUGGAUUUGUGAACUUUGAAGUUAAGCCUCACUUAAACUGAACGCGCACUCUUAAUAACAAAGAACAUGCAUCCCCAUAGGACUAUUCCUUUAUUUUGCAACUCUACAUUGAAAAUGGAAAGUGGGGCAGUGGGGGGGGGGGAAUUGAUUUCAUAGAAGUCUGGAGUCCCAUUUUAAUAUAUCUGAAAUUAAAGUUUUCCCCAUGCUAGGCACAAGGUAAAAGAAAAAAAAAGAGACUAAGAAUGCAAUCCUAUUCAUGGAUUGAGUUCAGUGAGACUUACUUGAAGGUAAGUGUGCAUAGGAUUGCAGCUUCCUUUUCAAUGAUUUCCAUGGUGAGAUUAAUGUAGACGUGAAUUUGAAGUAUCCUACACACAUUGACCUUGCAGCAGUACCUUGUGUUUAGUACGUCUUAGUCGGCAACUCUGUACCAACUUACCUGGGAGUAAGCCAGUAACCAUGUAUAGUAUAUUAAAAACCAUGGGCGCAGUUCAUCCCCAUGCAGGUAGUGGAAUCAGAUUUAUCUGUGUGGGACUGUAUUGGUUGUUCAGUAUAUGUUGCUCAUAAAGGAAUCCCUCGCUGAGUCCUUCACAUGACAUGACCAGCUUACAUAAGAAUCUUGCCAGAUGAACUGAAGGGAAUAUUCAGCUCAUAACCACAAAGGGCCACAAAGCUUCAAGGCCUUUGAAGGGUCUUUUCCAACUUGUUUAUUCUAAGGCAACAAGUUAGAGUAAAUGAGUGGCUCUAACACCUAUAACUCAAUGAAUACCAAUGAUUAUAGUAAUGUAUACAUUAAACUGGGUUGCCAGGGAGGCUAACCUGUGGCCCUUCAGUGUAAUUAGACUACAGCUUCCAUGGUUUCUAGUCAUUGGCUAUGUGGGCUGGGACUGCUGGGAGUUGUUGUCCAUCAACAUCUGGAGGGUCACAGGGUAGCGACCCCUGUUAUAUGCAUUUUGUUGGCAUCUGUCUGCCUCGAGAGACAAUGGAGUAUAGGAGUGAAGUCAAACCAUUGUGUUAGCAACACUGAAGCUUGGGCAGUGUGCUUGGAGGUUCUGGGUGUUGGCUAUUUGCAGUUUAGUUGCGCUGCAGAAAGCUUGCUGGGGAGACCACGCAUUACAAGGAACUCAAAAAUAACUUUAACAAGGUUUUAAUAACAAAAACAAAAACUCCUUUUACACUAAAUAUAUCAACAAGCAUGACCCAACCACCAACCCAUCCCCCACGGUUCUGAGAGAGCUAGGUGCUGCUCUUUAUACACUAUACCCAAUUGUUGACACAGCUUAAAUAACACAACUUAGCAGCACCUGCUAUACUGUUUCACAGCUGUAAAACUGGGUCACAUUAUUUGCUCUGGCCCUUAAAGACAUACACAUCUUGUGGAACAAUAAUGAACCUUCAAAUUUAAAGAGACCAUUCAACAUUGGGCUGCCCAGACAACAAGACACCCCUCUCAGCCUUGCCAAUGUGGUCCAAAAGAAAAAGCAAUACAUUUGGCACCAGCUUGGCUGCAGAAGUUGCUGGAAAGAAGUGUACAAGGCACCAUGCAGUCGUCUUAGGGACUCCCUUCCAGAUUUGUUAGGCUUUACUCCUUAGCCUGUUCUUCUCCCAAAGAUGUCCCACAGGGUGGCAGAGGUUUAGGAUCAGAGUUUUCCUUUUCCUAGAUGGGCCACCUUCUCAGGUUAAUGAGCCCCACCUCUACCUCUCACUUCCCUCUGUAGCACGUGUAGAAACCGCUGCCUUGACCAUUGGACUCACCAUUGGUCUCAUCUGCUCACCACCAGAGCUUGUAUUCACAUGUAGGGGAAAGCCCCUAACUCUGAGGGUUUGAGACGCUACCCUCACCUGGUUUACCUGGCCAAUCAAAGCUGUUUCCCAGGGUGUGGCUACUUGUCACAUGCUGACAGCUUAUAGGAGCCACAUGUUAGAACUGAGUGCAAAGGUGGACAAACUACCCCAGAAGGAGCAUGACCAGUGGUACUACCCUUCCCCUACACCCCUGCGUAUGCAUUAGUACCACACUAUUGUAGUUUUCCAGUACUCCUAAUGGAAGUUUGGAGGAGGGAGAGAAGGAUGGCCCUAAUAACUUUGUCACACAGUGCUUUUUUUCUUUUCUUUUUUUGUUCCUCAUGUCCAUAAUAUUCUUUUUCCUCCCUAGCUGCGACAAUUAGUUAAUAUGUGCAUCAACCCAGAUCCAGAGAAGCGACCGGACAUCACCUAUGUUUAUGAUGUAGCAAAACGUAUGCAUGCACAUACCGCCACCAGCUAAGAGACUUGGCAGCUUAUGAAGAGAAAGGAAAAAACAACAAACCCACCGGAAUCAUUCAAGUAUUGUUGUGCAAAACCUCUUCCACCUUUUCUCCCAUUUGUCUGCGUCACCUAAAGUUUAGUUACAUGCAAUGAGAAUGUUUAGCAGUUUUGUCACAGAGUUAAUAACCUAAAACGAAGUAUUUUUUUUUAAAAAAAAUGUUUUAAUGGAAAACAUGGAACAGUUCUAAACAUGACAGAAUAAGAAAAUCGGCAAUCCUUUCUGACUUCUGAAAGCUGCAAUUUCACACAUAUUUCUACAUAAAGAGCAAUGAUUUUACAUGGAAAUAAUAUUUUGUUCUACAUAUCAGAGUUGCGGUUUUGCAUAUGAGCACAACAGUGGACUCCUUAAAGGAAUACUGUUGAAACUGCUCCUUAGUUGUUUUCAGUAAUGUGUGGAAGUGAGGAAUCAGCACAAAUUGGUGAAUUUAUUGUUCAUUAGUGAAUAUAUUGUUCCUUUUCCCUAGAGGCAAUUAAUUAAUGAAUAGGAUUUUAUUUUAUUUUUUAAAAAAGGAAUUUUGCAGUUUACGGUUUUCCUCAUCAAGAUAAAUGUAGAUAGAAACCAUUUUAUUUGCUGUUGAGCUUUGAUGCAGCCGCUGAAUGUGAAAAAGAAUUGGUUUUAUUUUAUUUUUCCUCAGAAAUUGUCCAACACUGAAAAAAGAAUAAAUCUGGUCAGCUGUUGUUGUUUUUAAAAUCCUUGUACAGUACCUUAACCCCAGCUCCUAAAACUUGAUAUCAUGUAUUUGUAUUAUGCUGUGCCUUGCUGCUCCAAGCCUCUGGGCGAACAGAAAAGAGUGGUGUAUUUGUACAGGGCCUAGGAUUCUGAAAGCAUCACUGCCACAAUCUGUAGGUCUCAAGAUGGCGCUCCACAAAAUUAAGCAUUUGCAAAUCCCUUUUCAUUCAGUGGUGGAUUGCUAAGCACGUCAUAUCAGUGACAAAGUGCCUAAUCUGGGCUGAAUUUAUCCAGAUAAUCUUUCAUGCUAUAUAUUGACUUAGUUUUAAAGGCUAGUUCAGCCUUCCCCAGGCUGUUGCCUGCCUAAUGUUUUGGAGGACAAGUCUCAUCAGCCAACAAGGUAAUCCAGGCUGAGACAGAUGAAAGGUGUAGUCCAAAAUAUGCAGAUAUUACCAGACUGGGGAGGGCUGGGCUAGUUUACACCCAGCAACAAUCAGUAUAAGGUACAUAUUAUAUAAAAUGGCCAAAUGCUUGGAAUGUCCUAAGUAUGGCAUCUUCUCCUUGUGCUGAUGCUCCCAGGGUGAAUCAGAGGACUCUUUUCUUUACCUUUUUACACCACGGCAAACCAGCAACAGGAAUGGGUUUUGGCUGCCUAGAGUCAAAGCUUCAAAGGAAUAGGCAAUCUAUGUGGCAGCCAGUCAUUGAUAUGAAUUGUCCGUUACAAUGCAGACAUCUGCUUCCUAAAUAAUUUAUGUGUCUUAGAAGGGUAUUUUGUUCCUCGAAAACAUUCAUUUGAGAUUUUAAAAAGAGAGUUUUCUUCUUUUCUUUCUUUUUUUGCAUUAGCUUAUAUUCCAAAGCGAAAUUCAUAAUUAAUUGAAUAAACAUUCAUGGCCCUGAAUGGGGUAUUUGUUGUGGAGUGUGGAAGCAUUAUAUUGUAGCUACAAGUGUUGUUUUACAUAGUCCUUUAAAAUCCUGACCGGAUAGCCUGCAAAUCUAUGACGUGUCAAAGUGGGUUGCUUAACAGUUACAGGAGUUGAGAGGUAGAAUUUUAAUCCCACUGUGACACAUUUAUCUCUGAGAACAAGCAAGAAGCCAUACAGUAUUUUUUUGUGCACGUCAAACCAACAAAUUUUACUAAUUCACCAUGCAGCCAUGUGCAGUUAGGCUCAUCAGCAGAAAACUAUGUAUAAUAAAGAAAAAAUGUAAAUGCAACCUGCACUCCUCAGGAGGCAAUGCCUAACAGUGAAGCCAGGCAUGGCAUUUUGGAGAAUCUGAUACAGUGGUGCCUCGCAAGACGAAAUUAAUUCGUUCCG